GGAGUAUACACUGAGGCAGGCUCUGCACAUGCUCCCCCUCCUCGCAAGGUCCUCAGUCUGCUGCAGACACCUCCUCUGUAUACCCUGCAGAGCUUAGAGUCUUGUCUACUGCUCCCUGAGCUCUUUUUGCACUGGAUGAUGAGCCCUGUCUGCACUGGUCCCAAGAUGAUGUCUGUUGCUACAUGAUCCCUGUCUGUGUUUUCCCCUGAGUGGCUGUCAACUGGUCUUUGAGCUCAGUCUAAGCUGGUCCCAGAACACUGCUUGCUGGUCCCAGAGCACUGAUUUAUCACAGGUAACACCAGCUUGCAGGGAGGGCAUUUAAGGUAGAUGUUGUAUGAUAAAUUGAUGUCUACAGGGCAUUGUGUGUGUACAUCAGUCGUAUACAAUUGGGAAUUCUACUAAGCUGUCAUAAUUUUCCACCAUGUGACUGUUAAUAUGUUUCCAUCAAUACAUAUGUUUGCUGCAUGCAUGAAGAUAGAUCCAUCGGUCUAGCGGAGAAUAUGCCUGUCCCUAUAAUUUGUUGCUCUGUGUCUGCGUUUAUAUUGACAGCAUAUAAGUGAUCUUGUCUUUUUCGAAUUGAUAUUUAUGGAUUGUACAGCGUUGCGGAAUAUGUUGGUGCCUUCAAAGAAGUGGGUGCACAUCCCGUGUAAAUGACUAAGCUAGCGGUGUUUGAUCUGUGUGGCGCUUCUAGAGAAGAAACCUAUCUUAGAACCCCAUGUACUAACAGCUUGAGUAACACUAUAUAAUCAUGGUAAUACUACUAGUAAUAGUGGGAUUUUGUUCACUUCACAGUGAUACAGAGAAUGUUAUAACGUUGUUGCUAUUCUGUAUUCUAAACUGUAGUGCUGCAUUUUCUUUUUUUCUUUUUUUUUUUUGUACGUGGGGAGUGGGUGGUAGUUUGAGUUAUCAAACGAAGUGGCAGGGAGCCUAGAGGCAAAGCUAUGUAUGUAUGAAUCCGUAUGUUGCGAUUUUUUUCCCUCAUUUUUAACCCUCUUUCAAUUUUAUGUCUAUGUUAAAAAAAUAAUUCACAGGAAAAAUCAAUUGGUGAAGUAACAGGGUCUUAAAGAAGAUUAACGAAUGAUUCAUCUAAGAUAGUGGUCCAUAACGUCUUAUUUAAUUGAUUCAUUAUUUUCUUAUUUUAUUUAUUUAUUUUAAGGGACUCAGAUUAUGUAAAUUGCAUUUGCUUGGAGACCCAUUUGUCAACUGGGAAAAUACUUCAGAGAUCCAUAUAACAUUUAAAUACAUUUGGCGAAACAACUUAAUUAGCCACUUUUCAAGAUCAGAGGGGUCUUGGUUGCAUUGGGAACGGCAUAGCUGCUUCAUUGAUCGCAUCAUUGUGGGCAGUUGCAUGGGUUCCUUGGUGUGCCUGUUCGUACCUUUGGGACAUAAUCAAAAUGACAGGGAAACAUAUUUGGCUAUCAACCCAGGGGUUUAAGAUUUAUCCAUAUAGCCUUUGUGGGCAGCGAUACAGUUUCUUAAACUGUAAGAAUUUUGCGCAGGACCCUAAUUAUGCUGUAUUUUGUAUAAUGUUAACUGUAGGUAUUCACAAAGUGGGUGCCGGGAGGAUUGAACCCUAUUUAUGUGACUAUUGGUGUGUUUAAAUACUAACUGACUAAUUUAUCAAACAUUUUUAGACUUCUUUAAGUUUCGAAUAUCUGGCUUUAUUUUUGUCUGUUUUACCAAAAACUAAAACUUGCUUUUGUAUUACACCCAUGGGUGUCCUAUUAAAGGUUAGUACGUUUCAUUAGAGAUUUUGCAUGUUGGCUAAAAGCAACAAGGUGCAUUGUUAGUGUAAGACACCCCUAAGAGGUUUGCCUUGAGGGACUACUACAGGGACCCUCUGCCCCAACCCCUUGCAGCCUCCCCCUGAUGGCAAGGAAAGGGUUAAAUAACCCAUUUUCCACUUACCAGAUUCCAGUCCCUUGGCGCUGGGUCAGGCUCCUCCUCUGCUGACAUCAGCUGAUGUGGGGGCCUCAGGUGCAUGUGCGAUAAGUACAGCACGCACUAGUUUUUCCCUAUAGGAAAGCAUUGAUUCAAUGCUUUCAUAUGGCGUUUCAAAACACGCUGAACAUCCUCAUCAAAGCUCUGUGAAAGGCCAGGAAUCGCCUCUAGUACUGUCUUAGCCAUGCAAUGUAAACAUGGCAGUUUCUCUGAAACUAAAUUGUUUGCCGUUGCAGGGUUAGGGGAACAGUGCACCCAGACCACUUCAAUGAGGGCUGCUGGAUACUGUAACCAUUGCUGCCGCCCAAGAGUAGUGGGAGUUUUAGCGCAAGGCUUUAUCCUCAGCGAGCCUGAUAUAAUUGUAUUGUAUCAUCAGGAGUUAUGCUACAAUAAAUGUACAGUGUGAGCAGAACACUCAGUUUUUGGGAGUCUCAGAAGAAGAUAAAAAUGAGGAAUAAUUUAAUCUCCUCUGUAAAAAUAUUUUCAGCCCACACUAUUUUCACACAGCUAUGAUAUUUGUUCAUUCUACUCUGUCACGAGAUAUGUAAAAUGCAAAUUGGGCAGACUGGGUUUUUCACUUUCUGAAUCAUUGUACCAAGUGCUUCAGGAAUUAAUUUAGAUGUCAACUUGAUUUAUUUAAUAUUAAUAGGAUUACAUUUUUUACUUAUUUAUAAAGCACCGUGUUAUUCUGUGGCAUAUUACAUGGACGGAUAUGCAGUCAUCUAAUUAGAGAUUCCAGUGAAGUAAGGGCUGGACAUAGAAUUGAUUGUUUAACUAGGGUGCCGAGAACUUAGGGACUUUGUUUAAAGGGACACUCUACAACCCAAAUACAAGAAAAAAUAUGUUAUAUAAAUAUUAUUUUUUUUGUGGUAGAUAUACUAGAAUGAAACUACGCAUACAGUUAAUUAUGUGUACGUUCAUUGAGGAUAUAUCUAAAAACAGCUUGAAAAAGUGUUGCCUUUGCAAGUCCUCCUCUUCUAACCCCUCCCAGGGUUUCUGUGGCCAAUGCAGCUCAAUGAGAAGUAUUUGCAAGGCAGGUGCUCUGGGCAAUUGCUGCCUCUUUGAGUUCAGCUCCACUGAGCUAACCAAACCAGGAAGUAACAGUAUCGGUUGUCUUAUUUAUAGCCAAGGGGUGUAAAACGGUUAAUUUAGAAAAGUGCCAAUUUCUAGUCAAACCUGCAGUUUCUGUAAAAUGAAAAAGAGGACACACUCUUCACAAAUAAAGUAUUUCAGCACGCUGAUGCACUUUUGGUGUCUAGGCUUUAGGUUUUUCAAAAUUGGCAUAACAGACCGUUAUAUUCAAGCACUGCUUUCCAGAAAGCAAACUACUGAACAACAAUCUGUUAACAUAUUUAAAAACAGUGACUGACAUAAAAACACACACAUUUCAAAAGGGGCAGAAAAAAAAAAGAUACCUUAGCUCUCAUUGGCUUCCCACAUGUGUGCCUUAAAGAGACAUUCCAGAUCCCUAAUGCACAUUAGCUUGCUGAAAAGCCAUAUGUGUGAAGUGUGUGUCCUAUUUUUUUCAUUUUACAAAAAGUGCAAAUUUCAGUAGAAAUUGUUACUUUUAUAAAUUAACCUGUUUACACGUCCUUGCAUUCAAGCAGACAACAGGUAAACUUUACUUUCUGGUUUGGUCAGCCCAGCAGAGCUAAACUCUAAAGGCAGCAAUUGCUCAGAGCACCUGCCUUGCAAAGACUUCUCAUUAGGCUGCAUUGGGAAGUCUGUAAUUGGACAGCCACAGAAAGUCUGGGCAGGGUCAGAAGGGGAGGGUUUGCAAAGGCUGCUGACAAUAGAUCUGCAGGUUUUGCAAGCUGUUUAUAUAUAUUAACUCAAAGAAAAAUAACAUAAUUAAAAAAAUUCACGUUUUCAUUUGGGGUAUAUCUUCUAAACAAUGAUUUUUAAAAACAUUUUAUUUUGUAUUUGGGCACUGGAAUGACCUUUUAAUGCUCACUGAGCAGAGGUUAGCCAUCGCUGCACUAAGCUGUCCCCCUACUGGCACUGUCCAAACAGGGAUGGCCAUUUUUUCAGCUUAAUCUAGACUCUAGAGCAGAGGUGGCCAAAAGGUAGAUCCCUAGAUGUUGUAGAACUACAACUCCCAUGAUGCUUGCCAUGCCUUUAGAAUGACAAAGCGUGAUGAAAGAUGUAGUUGUUUUGUAUAAAGCAUCUCCAUACUAUACAAUAUUAGGGGGUCUUGUGUCAUUCUGACUAGAAGGAUAUUUCCUAGCAAAUCUCUAAUUUAAAACAAUAGAACCCAUGAUUUCUAAUGUCCGCCAGGUAUAUUGCUGUACAUAUGCUAUGGUUGUUUGCAUUGCUUUGAAGCAGGUGCCUGUUCCUAUGUGCACCGGCCCCUGUUUUCCUGGCUUAGCAAGGUACUAGACUGUUUCUCCUAUCACACUCCCACCCAAAAUAGUGUGAACAAUGGGCUGGUCUCUAACACUUUGUGGGGAAGCUGUUUACUGCCAAAUUCAUCCUGAAGGGUGUUAAAAGUUCAGUCUCUAUUCAAUUCUUAGCAGACGUGUACCUAUAAACACUCCUUCCCUACUUAAAUGUAAAUUAUUCUUAUCACAGAAAAAACUCAUUGUGUAAGCUUUAGGCCAGUUGUGGUCAGGUAGCCCUCCAAGUUACUGUUAUCUUGCUAAAACUACCGUGAUGCUUUGCUAGCUUGAAGGCUAGCUAGAGGUUGUUCUGCAUUACCUGGGGGAGGUGAGCUACCUGUGUGGCAUCACUGGUUUAGAGCAUAGAUAGCCAACCUGUAAGUAUCCAGCUGUUGGACCACAAUUCCCAUCAUUCUAGUUCUGAUUUAUAGCAAGUGUUGUUGAGGAAUACCAGCUUAUCAGGUACCUACCGGCAUCCAUUCACUUAGGCUGUAUAACCAGAGUAAUGCCUAUUGUCUAACUUGGUAUGGUCAAUUAUAAUGUGAAAAGGUUUAAGAAACUAUGUAUGGAUAUGUAAAAACAUGACAGUGAAUAGUACACAAAUUCCAGUUGCAGUAGAUUAGUAAAAUAAAUUCCAUUAACUGAGCCGUGAACUGCUCUGGAUUGUAAAUCACAUGAUCCUCAGCAAGAUCCGUUAUCUGAAGAAGCUAGAAUUUCCUAUGAAUGGCCCUGAUCAUGUAUACGUCUCCAUUUCCCCCAUGUCAGUCUUUUGUCAGCUGAGGGGAAGUUUCCUACACAAGUUAUUUGCCCCAGCUGAUACAUGACUUCCUGCACCUACUACUGUUAGGUAGACGAUAGGGCUCAGCAUGACAGUAGACUGAUUUAAGAACACCAUAGGAGGUGAGAGGCUGAGAUUAAGAUCUGGUUAACACUAACAAUUUCUGGCACUUUAACUUAAAGUCAUGAGUAACCCCUUAAGGACUGAGACAAUUGCUCAACUUCUGGAUCGAAACAAAACCUAGAAUUUGAGCUAUAUUUCUGCUCAACCAUAUUUUACCUCUUUCAUAUUAAGCGCAUCCACACUUAUUAUAGGUCAUUUUGUUCAGGAGAAAUAGUGCUUUCAUUUCACAUCAAAUAUUUAUAUAUGAAACAUAAUUUAAUAUGAAUAAAAUCUUAAAACGUGUGAGAAAGUAAAAAAGUUUGUUUUAUUUAAUUCUAUGUGUAUUUAUUUAUUAUUUAUGUAUAAUUAUGUUAUUAUAUGAAUUAUAUAUUGGGAGAUCUGCCUGACAACCCCCUGCUCUGUCGAUCCGAGUCGUAUGAUCGUGGUGUCAUCGGCUGGAUUGGCACUCAGAGCCAGCGCGUCCAUAAGGCGGCUCAGGUGGCUGCCUUAGGGCGCCAGAGCAGGGGGUGGGGCGCAAAAAUCUGAAUCCCCUGCCUCUGGCUCUGGCCCUGCCUCUGGCUGGGGACUCGGAUUUUUAAAUUGACCUCUCUCCCUGCAGCCAGUGGAGUCAGCCGGCUUCUCUCGAUGAUGUCAGGAGGAGGAAGCGUGACUUUCACUGCUCCUCUCACAGGACCGCUGGGGAGUCUGGAAGAAGGGCAGAGGAAGUCAUGCCCCCUCCUCCUGACAUCAUCCGGAGAGGCAACUUCACUGACUGCACACAGACUCCAGAUCCUGUCCCAACCCUUCCCUGGCCCAAGGUAAGCCUCAGGGAGAGGGGAAUGCACUUUAGUUUUUUUGUAUUUUUUUAAUCCCCCUUCCUCAGCCCCUGUACCCUUCCUUAGCGCCUGUUCCUUUCUUCAGCCCCUGUCUCCCCUACUCAACCCCUGUCCCUUUCCUCAGCCCCUGUCCUUUUCCUCAGCCCUUGCCCCCUUCCUCAGCCUCUAUCCCCCUUCCUCAGCCCCUAUCCCCCUUCCUCAGCCUCUAUCCCCCUUCCUCAGCCCCUAUCCCCCUUCCUCAGCUUCUAUCCACCUUCCUCAGCCCCUAUCCCCUUCCUCCAGCCUCUAUCCCCCUUCCUCAGCUUCUAUCCCCUUCCUCAGCUUCUAUCCCCCUUCAUCGUACUCUAUCCCCUUCAUCGGCCUCUAUCCCCUUCCUCAACCCUAUCCCCUUCCUCAGCCUCUAUCCCUUCCUCAGCUUCCUAUCCUUCCUCGGCUUCUAUCCACCUUCCUCAGCUUCUAUCCCUUCCUCAGCUUCUAUCCGCAGCCUCAUCCCUUCCCCAGCCUCUAUCCCCUUCCUCCGGCUUCUAUCCUUCCUCGGCCUCUAUCCCCCUUCCUCAGCCCUGUUCCCCCUCAGGCUCUUGUCCACCCCUCGGUCCCUGUCCCCUUCUUCAGCUUUCCUUUCCCUGCCCCUCUGAGCCCAUGUCCCUUCCUCAGCUCUUUGUCCCCCUUCCUCCCGGCUCUUGUCCCCCCUUCUUCAGUCCCUGUCCUCCUCCACCACAGCCCCCAUAACCUCCCCACUACACCUCCUCUCCCCAAUUGCAACCCAUAUCACCCACACCACAGCCCCUUUCCCAAAUUGUAGCCAUAAACCUACUUCAGCCCCUUUCCUCCAACUACAUUUCCUAAUCCCCCAAUUACAGCCCAUAUCCUCCACUACAGCCCCUAGCCCCCUACUACGUGCCCUAACUUUUCAAUUACAACCCACUACCAGUGCUAAUCCCGAGAUUAGGCUCUGGAUACACUAAAGAGGGUAAGAAAAUCAAAAGUGGGGUUACAAGAUGCCUAGGUGAAGACACUUUUUUUUUUUUAAUGGGGGGUAGCAAAAUGCAUCUUUGCCUGUGUAGCCAAAAAUCCUUGCACCUGACCUGUUGGCACAUGACUCAGAUCACCUGGAUUGGCUGACGGGGUACUGCCUGGAUUGUCAGCCAGAUUCCCUAAAUGUAAUCUCCACAAAGGGUAAGCAUGCUGGCCGGAGGGAGGGCUCUAUCAGUAGAGCGGGCUAUGUUGCCCUAACAGCAUUAAAUCCCUUCUUUUGUAGGAUGGAAUAGCACACCUUAAUGUAAGGGUUAAGUCUCCAGUAGUUUAAUCUGCCAUAGUCCGAGAAUAAAAGAAAUAAAUGAAACCGUAGCUGACUUACAAAGAUUUCCAAUUUGUCUCUUUUUUGUUAAAAAGCUUUUUAUUGUAAGUCACAGAAUCAGAAAUUUCCUAUGCAGAGGAAGCAAACCUAACAAGUAGACAAAACGUACAAUAAUAAUGUAUACAUAAUCAACUGACAGUGAGUUGUCAAUUGUAAUAAAAGAGCUAAAUCUAGGUGUAAUGAUCGUUGACAUCUGUGAAAGUUUCAAGGUGGAAUCUUGUAGCAAUCUAAUAUACAGAUCCAUUGUUCCAUGUAAAACAGUACAGUUUUUCCCACAUCGGUAUUCCGUCACCUCAGAUCAGCAUGUCCUCUCUCCAUCCUUCCUGUGCCCUUAUAGAGCUUCUCAAAGCGUACAGCAUGACUCUAUUUAGAAAGGGGGAAAUGCAUAAGCAUGAUAACCUGUGUGUACAUCUGUGGGUUUGGGCCUCUAUCUCAAACACUGGAGGCCUUACAAGCGAGCGGUCAAGCUAUCUCUGCAAUGCGUCUACCCUUCUGGCCUAGAGAAUGGAAGAAAAAAUGUCAAAGGGGAAAGGAUGAACAGAAUAAGUGAAAGGUUGUCAAUUCUGCUUUUUUGACCUUAAUUUUUACAUUUACUUUAGAUUCUCACUUUAGUGAAUAACCCUGUGAGUUUUUUUCCCCUAUUCACCAUUUUGUUUUAAUUCUCAUUCACUUAGUGAUAUGUUUGUUCUUUUUUUAACUUGUGUAUUUGUUGUUGUUGAGACUUACACAAUGCUGUAACUUCACAACUUUUUGCACAUCAAUGCCAAAUAAGCUUUCUGGCCACUACACUAUCGACAUCAAACAUGAAGCUGAUUCCUACUGCCAGCUAAUAUGUUAUUUCAGAAAAUACUACCGUGCAGCAGGGGAUUAUGAGAUAGAAAUAUGGGAGCAGCGGGAUUGGCUGAGUCAUUUCCUCAUUUGUUUAGGUCUCAAAACUGCAAAGCUUGAGGAUUUGCUGUAACAGUGGGAACUUGACGGAUGAGUAAAUUUUUGUAUUAUAUUUCGCAUAUAUUGUUAAUGCAUUAACUACAUAACAAAUUUUAAAAAGGAUUAGUCUGCUCCAGUCACUGACUCAGGGCUGGGUCUGCUAGUCGGAAGCUGCCUACCGGUGCCUGACUAAGAAGCAUUUGCCGUGACUGUAAUUGUCCAUUUGACAUAUUGACAUAUUUUGAUAUAUUUUUUCUUUUUUUCCCCUUGUAGGGAAUACUAAAUAAAGAAGCCUCCACCUAACUUUUAAGAAAAAAUAUCCAUCAUAUAAUUUAAAAGCCUAUGAACAAUUGGGUGAUAGGGAGGUAACAGUCCAACGCGUUUCAUGCUGAACUCACUGUGUCAUAGAGAGACUGAGAUAUGCACUUCUUGACUCUCUUAUUUCCCCUUUAAAUCAUGGACCAAGCAAAAGGGACUUGGGUCCGGAGACAUAAAUCGGGCCCUGCCAUUACCAAAUGAUGAUGUGAAACCAGAAUUCAGAGAACAUGAUUGCAGCCGGUGUUUGUCUGACUGAGUCAGUUUAAAGUUUUUUAUGCUAAUCAUUAGGAAAUUAAGGUUCUGUUUAGCUUGACUUAGUUUAAUUUGCUUCUUACUUUUAUGUCUAGUUCCAAAUGGUCAAUAAUGUCAUCAAGUUCUCACUCUAUGGCUGCAUGGUUUUUAAAAAUAAUGACGUUUGAAAACCUUUCUGCAAAUUUUUAGAUAACCCUUCACUUAUUGUGCUACCAGUUCUCAGCACUGUUCUUUCAUGACCCUCGGUCUGACAGUUUCGUCUUGUAGCUCAGUCUGCUCUUCCUGUAUGGAAAGUAAUGCAGUUAUCAGUUCCAUGGGUUGUAGUAGUUUUUUGUUUUUUUUUCACUGGUGGAAUAUUUGUUUGUGUAUUGAUAAAUGAUUUGGCCAAGAGCCAUAUAUCAAGGUUCUAGUGUGAUAUCUGAUGGGGAGGGAUUAUUAUAUUAUUACUUUUUAUAAUUUUGUGCUUGUUUAAUAUUUAUUUCAUUAUUCUAGAUUUGAACCCUUGAGCAAAACCCCUUCCAAGACUUACUCUUCUAAUUAUGUAAUUAGAUGGUAACUUCAUUAGAAUACAAACAUGUAUUCCUGACCCUAUAGUGUUUAACCAACCAUUUAGGUGACCUGCCCCCCCCUCCCCACCCCUUAACCCCUUUAAAAGUUAAUAAAACUCACCUUAUUUCCAGCGCCGUGUAGGUCUGCCAGCAUUGGAUUGACUGAAAUUGACAAGAGGUGGGGCCAAACACUGUUUUGGCCAAUCAGCACCUCCUCAAAGAGAUGCAUUGAAUCAAUGCAUCUCUAUGAGGAAAAUUCAGCAUCCCCAUGCAGAGUCUGGAGAUGCUGAACGGCACUGCUGCCUACUGUUCAACCCUGAGCCAGGAAGCACCUCCAGUGGCUAUCUGAGGAGUGGCCACUUGGAGGUAUCCCUAGGAGCAAUGUAAACCCUGCCUUUUCUCUGAAAAGGCAGUGUUUGCAUGAAAAUGGCUAAAGGCAAUGAUUAUACUCACCAGAACAACUACAUUAACCUGUAGUUGUUCUGGUGAAUAUAGUGUCUCUUUUAAUACGUGAUUAGUUAAACUGUGUAAAAUAUUUCAUCAAAAACCCAUUGUUAGCUUUCAUAUUUAAUAAUCACCAUUUCUAGAAUAAAGUGUUAAACAUGUUUUUGUAUGGCAGGGCUAAAGCCAUGUGCAGACUGGGUUGAAGACUUACCAUGUUGAAAACUGCAGCUGCUAUCUCACAUGACAAAUGGACAGACAGUCGAAGAGUUCCGCCAUGUUAGAGACCUUGGCUGUUUUUUCCACCAGGGCCAGAUUUACUCUAUCUGCUGUCCAAUGGCCAGUUUUGUAGAUACAUCCCAGUCCUUCAUUUAUACAUAGUGAAGUUUGGUUUAUGUGAUUGGACCCGUGAAUGCAAUUAGUUUGAGGGCAGAUUGGAUGAUGUACAUGACUAGGUGGUUGGUUGGAUGGCAAUGUGUGGCAUGGUGUGUGAGUAUAUGUGACAUGUUGUGUGGCUGAGUUUGUGAAUGUGUCCCGCUGAGUGGGUAUGACUGAGUGAGUAGUAAGGCGGUGGAUGGAAAGGGGCAUAUGACCAGUUCCAAGUAUGUGUUUGGAAAACAGAUAUGUCAUGUUGAUGGGUGUAGAUGAACGAUAGGUGAGGGGAUAUGUGACAGGGCUGAUAGGUGCAAGUGGUUUGUAAUUGAGGUAGGGGUAUAUUACAAGGUAAACGGAUGUAAGUGCCUAUGUAUGUAUGGGGUAUGUGACUGGACGUGUUUGUGUAAGUGACUAGGAAGUAGUGCGUAAGUGACUCUCUCGGACAUGUGUCCCCUCUCCAUUUUGUUCCCUUCCUUACUUGUUCCUUCCUCCUGUCUCAUUUUCCCCUUUCUUCACUUGUUCCCCAUGUCUCUCCUAUUCCCCCAGCACACCGCUGCUCCAAUGGUUCCACCAACGAUAAAUGGGACGAUCAAGGAGUUCCGCCCACUUACGCUUAUCCUGAAAUCCUGCCCUGUUUACCACAUGCCUAAAGGGGACAGACUAAGUUGGAGACUUAUCUAGGGGUAGUUGGUAUUUUUUUACAGGCUAAUAAUCUACAUUCUGGCAGCCUUUUUUGAGAGUCUUUGAAAAAAUGGAAUUCGUGGUGAACACCCAGAGCAAUUCUUAAUAGUGGUGCUACUGUAAUGACAAAAAUAACGAAUCUAUAUUUUCUGAGAUUCUUGUCUGCUGUAAUGACUGCAUCCCUCCAAGACACACAAACGCCUACACCUGCAGCCUGUUUAGACUAGCAAUAUUAAACCUGUCCAAUGUUAAGCUCCCAGCUCAGAUGUCCUGGUGUCACGGGGAGCAAGUAGAAAGAUGUCUAACUUCUCCCAUUGUCCCACCCAACAGCCCAUUUUCUUGAAUGCUCUCCAGCCCAAUUCCUGGCUUAGAUUUGCACUUCGUUAUUAGGAUUAUGUUGAAAGAAGACGACCAUGUCACUGUAUCCCCAGGGAUUCUCCUACAACUCCUUUUCUGUUGUUGCAAUUGGUCAGGGAGUCGAUUCGUGGUCUGGUAUUUGUAUCGUAAGACUGUUUCAUUUAACUCUCAACAUGCGGAGCUAAGUGUCAGUGCUAUCGCAGGUGGUCAUCGUGAAGUUAAACAUAAAAAAAUGCAUUAACGAUAUAGCUGCAAUAUUAUGUAUGCCAGAAUCAAGAAUUUUAAGAAACAAAUGCAACAGUGAGCUCAGAAAUAGCAAACGUCUUCAUAGACCGCAGAAAACCAUUGUGAUCGAUGACUGUAAAAUGUUUGCAAUUGUAAAGAAAAAAACACUUUGCAACUGUGGAAUAGAUCAAGAACACUCUCCAGUAUAUAGGCUUAGAAGUGUUAAAGGGCGCCAUAACUAAACAAAUAGACAGCAAUAACUUUAUCACAAGAUGAAAACCUCUUGUAAGAACAGAACAAACAAGUAACAGUUUGGCAAAAUGUCCAUAACAAUGAAGAAAUGUGAAAUAAAGUAAUAUGGAUGGGUGAGACAGAGGUUAACCUGUCUAAGAGUGAUGGAGGCUGGAAAUCAGAAGAAAUUAAGGAAUUGCAGAUGUUCUUGUGUGUUACACUGGCGGAAGUAGAGUCAUAACUCUGACUGUUGAAGAAAGUAUAUUCUCUGCUUAGAACUGGUUAAAUGCCUUAAAACGCACUGGAGGGCAUUUUACCUCUCAGUAGAACAUUGACCCGCCAUAUGCUGCUAAAUCAAAACAAACACUUUCCAGAAUCAAAUGUCAACGAUACAACCUGAAUCCAUUUUUAGAAUGCCACAGUUGAGACAGUGUUAAAAAAAAAACAAUGGGGUUGUAGGGCCUGGCUGAACGGUCGGAAGUUUGUUUAGCUCCGUGGAGAAACUCAAAUUUUGACUGGAAUGCUGCUCUUUUUAUGCACAAAUCCGGUUCUUUAGCUUACAGGUACAAAGAUACAGUUUACGAGCUCAGCAUACCUCAUUUUCUCACUCCUGGUUGUUGUGUAAUCUAGCUUGGGUUUUUCUGCGGCCUAACUACAACCAUCCUGGCGAUGGUGGGAGAGAAGAAGCCAAUCACUCUACCCUUGAUCUAGCUGGAAUUGGAGCCUCUGCAGCUAGUCUUUGUUUCCCACCAUUGCCAGUAGGGAUUAUACUGGCGAUCUUUGUUUCCCACCAUUGCCAGUAAUGAUUAUACUAGCGAUCUUCGUUUCCCACCAUUGCCAGUAGGGAUUAUACUGGCUAUGAUGCAAGGAGGAGAAGAGGUGGGAUGCAUCAAGCAACCUAAAAUGGCGCAUGUCAAGUGCUUAUCAACCAUGAAAAGCCUACAGUCCUAAGACCUGGCUGGCUAGAUACAUUUUUGGAAGAUAAUUGGAUAAAGCUGUCUGGUAGACAGCAGACUCGCACAACGAUGCCACCUACUACACUCUUCUGCUGUCAAGUGGCUCUGGUACCAUGAAAGGGCCAUGCAUUUGAACAGAUGCGCCUACAACACCUCAAGGCCACUGUUUACACCGGUGCAGGGAAUACACUGUAUCGUUAUUACCGGUGGCAUGGUAAUACAUAAUACUCUGGGAUUUGGUACACAGUUUACCUUAUAGCUCAAGCUAUGUUGUAACCCAGCAUUGCAGCGUGGAUGUAGGGUUUCUUGAUGUGCUUAAUUCUGUGUUACGGGACUGUGUUCUGCCACUUGCGGGAGAUGGGUGAACUCAACUAGGGGUAUGAGAGAGCCUCUCUAGCAUAAGGUAUGCUUAAAUGUCACUAAUUAUAAAGUCACCUGUAUCUUAUUAACGCUUAGAUCUUUUUCUAAUUUUCCUAUUGGGCCCAGGGGUCUUUAAUCUUUAUUUGUUGAUGCUAGUCUAUUCUCUAACUGUUUAUUUUCAACAUGCUCCAUGUUAUGUCUACACAAUAUAAAAGAGGCUUUGUUCAUCUGUAAGCAAUCUAUAUUACUUAAAAGUGGCUUGAAUAAUAUAUAUGUGACUACAUGUACAAUUUCAUCUCACUAUAUACAACAGAUAUUUCUGUGUUAGCUCAGCUAUGCUCAGACAUAUGUAACUGCUCAUGUUGUAUCAUAAUGCUUUUACACAUUUUAUGUUUGGCACUGUCACUACUAUGAGAAAAGUGGCUGUUUUAUUACUUCAUUUCCAAUCCAAUGUGUUGGAGUACAUUGCCAAUACAAUAAAAUAUCAAUGUCCAAAAACAUACGGUCCGCCAUGAAUAGCACAGUACUGAGCAAAUGCAGCAUCGCCAAUAGAUCCUUUUUUUGACUAAGACUGUAUUUAUAGUAGACAUGCAUAGGGGACAAAUUAAAUUAUUAAAUUUAUUAACGAAAUUGAACAAAAACCUGAAUACAUUAUCAAACCUUUCACCCAUUACUUUCCUAUUCCCAUCCCCUGAACUGUUUGAUGGAAGUCUAAGUUUAAUUGGGGGGAACCUGGCCACAUGUCUCCCCCACCACUUACCAUUAGGAAUGUGAGGGAUGCAUGUAUAUAUCAUGUGCAAUGUCAAAUGCAGAAGCUCUAUACAAAACAAUAUCUACCAAUAUUUUAUUUAUUUUACAUUGCUUAUUUAUGGUGCCCGGACUGGCCAUCGGGCAUACCGGCAAAUGCGAUGGCCGUGGGCCGAGGCCGGCAGGGGAGAUCACAGGUUCUCCCCAGCUGGCCCAUCCAGGGCCUGUGCUAGCCAAGCGCUGGCCCUGCUGUGUGCUUUCGUAGGCCGGUGGGGAGAUCAAAGAUCUCCCUCACCGGCCCACAGGCGUUGUAACAUUGCCGCUGGCUGGGGAGGGAGAGGAGAGAGGACCCGGUGGAGCUCUAGCCAGCAGCUCCGCCGUGUUCCUCUCGCGAGGUUUGAGCAUUGCCGCGGCAUGCUAGUGUUCACUCCCUGCAGGCUAGAGUUCACUCUCACCACUAGGACCACCAGGGAAGGCAGCACGAUUCCCACUCCAUGGCAGAACAGGGAUAUAACUUCUUUUUUUUUUUUUUUUUUAUUAAUAAAAAAAUAUAUAAAUUUAGAUAAAAAAUAAACUCACACGGACAGCCGCCUCACACACACAGCUUCCCUCAGACACAGACGUCACCCUCAGCACCCUCAGACACACAGUACCCUCAGACAGACAGCACCCUCAGACAGACAGCACCCUUACUCACACAGCACCCUCACACACAUAUACAGCACACACACAUAUAUAUAUAUAUAUAUAUAUUAUAAAAUAACCCUUAGUGAGUUAACAGACAAAGAAAAUUAGAAACAUAGAAUGGGACGGCAGAUAAAAACACCCUCAAACACUGCACCCCUCACACACACACACUGCGCACCUCACACAUACAAUACGUCCAAAUAUAUAUAUAUAUAUACACACUACAUCACCCCUAACACUGCACCACUACACACAUUACGCUCCAGAUACAUGCUAGAUUCCUUACCCUAUAUGCACUCUUAAUCCUCUACAGACACACACACACAAUCUCCUAUACACACUCUGGGUCAUUUACACCAGAUCUCCAACACACACUACAUUCCUUGUAAGCAAACACAUACAACAUUCUCUAAACACACCCUCUCUACAACCCCUACACACACUACAUCACCUAUACACACACACACACUACAGCCCGUAUACACACACUCGCUACAUCCCCUAUAACACUAUGCCCCUAUACACACACUCUCUACAGCUCCUAGCCACACAUAUUACACCACAAACACGAAUGAAAUUGACCUAUUUACACAAUACCACACCACACUCUACACACACGCAAUCCCACAAGCAGACUCCAAACACAUGCACCAUACACUUUCCUGGCCCUUUUGUCCUCUGGUAUCCCACUUAUGGAGACAACAGAGACAAUUUAAAAGCAAACACAGCACAAGCAUGUUAUUAAAUUUGCUUGCGCUGCGCAGAACAAAUACAGGGCCUUUUUCGAAUGCCAGAGCUCUUCAGUGGGGCUCUGUGCAUUCAACCAACAUGCUCACUUUGAGAGGGGGCGUGCUUGUCAUUAGUGAUGACUAAACACACCCUCUUUGGCCCCGCACCCUUCUUAGGGGGCUGCUCUGAUUGAAAAAUGCCAGGGCCAAAGUUUUUUUUUUUCCCAGUCCGGCCCUGGGUACACUUAUCGGUGUACUUUAAAAAAUGGUAUAAUUAUACCUUGAAAAUGUAAUGAGAAAUACGUAAACAUCUAAUGCAUCAAUCAUACCUUAGAGGGACACUAUAGUCACCAGAACUAUUGUAUUGCUUAUUGUAUUUGUUCUGGUGAGUAGAAUCAUUUCCUUUAGGCUUUUUGCAGUAAACACAUUUUUUUUAGGGAAAAAAAAAAGCAUUACUGCUUAAGCAUACCUCCACUGGCCACUCCUCAGAUGGCUUGUAGUGGUACUUUGUGGGGCAGUGCUGCCAUUCAGUUUAUCCACCCUCUGCAUGGAGACACUGAACUUUCCUCAUAGAGAUGAAUUGAUUCAUUAAUGGGCUGUAUUUGACUUGCGCUGGCUCUGCCCCUGAUCUGCCUCCUUGACAGUCUCAGCCAAUGCAAUGCUUUCCUAUGGGAAAGCCUUGUGAGUGGAUUUGAUAAACACUUCUGAUGAUGUAAGCCAAGUAGGUAAAUCAUGGGCAAAGCCAUCAGCAGCAGACUGGAAUCAAAGUAAGAUUAGAAAUAAAGGUUUGUGUUCCUUACCCUAUAGUGUUCCUUUAAGGUGUGUGUGUAUUGAUUUUCCUGAGCUUUUUUGUACUAUGCCUUAAAUUUUUUUUUAGUUAUAUCCAUUUCAUUGCAACUGUCUCGAUUUAUUUUCUAUCUGUUUUUGUAUCGCAGUCACUAUCUCUCUGUUAUUCCUGUUCUGAACCACAUCCUGUCUCUUCAGCCCUCACUAGACACACUGUGUUCAGAGUGCUAUAUCGUAAAAUAUACUUUCACACCCAAUCUCUUUCUGCUUUACCUGCUUAGCAUUUCUACUGCGACUUAUUCUAUUACAUAUUCCACUAGAGUGUCUUGUAGUAUUCACCAGGGGGUCCGGACACGGAGCUUGGCAAAUGUCUGAAAAAUCUACAUUGUAUGUAUGUGGUGUGACAUAGAGUACUUAGUUGGAAAAAUCAUAUUACACAAGGUACUGGAAGUUGAAGGAAAAAGAGAGAAUAACACAAUUUUUCCGCACUUUUAUCAAUCUGUCAUGCAUUGUACCUGCCAGCAUGUUUCUCCUGUGACAACAGGAAGUUUCAAAAUUGCCCAGUCUUUCCUGAAUUAGUGUGAUCUUACGCCUCCGUCAUUGUCACCACACAGGAUGUGCCCUGAAUGUGUCUGCUCAGAGCUUCAGAGAGAGGAAACCACUGACUUUGAGAUAUUGACCCUGUAACUCAGUUUCAGUAUAUUUUAGACACACUGCAGACACACUUCUCCCGUGUGCAAUAGACUGUUUAGCUUGUUAAUAUCAUUAGAUCGUGUUCCAAGUUCAUUGUAAUUUAAAUGUGUGUUAAACCGUGAAAAUCACCACUCUGCUGCUCAUUGCAGAUAAAUUGGAGAUGUGGAGGUGUCUACGGCUUGCUGGAAGAAAGGGGAGGCUGCAACCCUGACAGUGACAGAUGGCUACCAAACCCAUGGAUUUAUUGGCUGAGCUACAGCUCCUGGAGAAGGCUUCCACACUUGAGCGACUUCGUGCAGCCAAAAAGCGUAGGGAGCAGCAGCUUAAAAGGUGGGCACAGAACGAGCGUGAUGAAGAAGGCAGGAGACGCAGGCAGCAAAAGGCCAGAAGAAAGACUCCUACUAGGAGCAAGAGAGUUUCAUUCCCUUCACGCGUCACUCUCCAUGAGGCUUGUCUGAGGAACGACCCAGAGGAAGGUAACCAAUGAAAAGAUGUGACAUUUAAUGAUAAAUGUGUAUUUUUAGGGAUGUUAAACUUUAUCUAAGUUAGGGGAUGUUGAAACGUGCUGUAAUGUGAAAUAAUAUUUUAGUAUAUUGUGGUAGUAGAUGUGGUGUGGUCUUUAGAUAUGAAUAAUUGAAAGAUUGUAACUCAAAAUGUGUGAGUCCCUAGUAAUGCAAACUAUACAGUGUUUUCAUUUGUAUAGUAAAGAAAUUGAAGAUUAUGUUUGCUCUAGUGUACUAAUAAUCUUAAUUUUAAUAAUGACAGGAGGCAAGCAUUUUGCAUAAUCUUUCUUUACUAACUCCCAUAGCAGCAAAGAAAAAGAGUGAAAACUGAGAACCAAUCACAAUGCAGUAUAGGGUAUAAGAGGCGUGUCAUAUUACAUGAUUUCCUCUUAACUAAUGCGACAUCACAAGUCCAUAAUACAGGAUAACCGUAGAAAAAACAUGUAUAACUUGAACAGGAAUCAGGUAGAGAUCCAACUAGGAUGUCUUGGAGUUCAAACGAUGAUCUUCAAUGACGUAAUGAUGAAUAAAACCUUGAACGGAGUCUUUAAUAGUCCCUUGUGGUUUCUGAUUAAACUGAAAAGAGAAUAUAAAAGGUAUUAGAUUCCAAAAGUGGUUGUGUAAAAGCAAUGAAUAUCUAUCCCUUAAGAUUAAUUAAUAAAACAAUAACGUCCUCCCAUCUAACAGUACUAAUUAAAUAGCCCACCCACAUUGAAUAUAUACAUUAAGUCCUUGAUGGGCAAAAGUUAGACACUAGUACAGUAAUAGAAGAAACAAAUGCUAUAGAUAUAUAUGAAAAGCAGAGGGAGGGAAGAACGAAAGAGAGUAGGGAGGGAAAAUGCUUGCCUCCUGUUAUUAUUAAAAUUAAGAUUAUUAGUACACUAAAGCUAACAUAAUCUUCAAUUUUACCACAUGACAGGAGGCUUCGUAUUUUGCAAUUUCAACGCUGAGAAAGUAGAGCAAAAGCUGGGUUAGAUGGAGGACGGAAGUAGAACGUCCUAAAGGUGGAUUCUCUAGUCCAGUCCGCCGCUCGCAAGAUAUCUGGAAGGGAGGCACCUGCCACGUAAGCGGAGUGUGCUCCAAAAGUUUGGUCAAUCCCAGCAAGGGAUAAGAGCCAGCUAACCCAUCUGGCCAACGUAGUGACCGAGGCUGGACCGUAGGGGCGGACGUAAGAGAUGAGAAGUUGACGAUUGGAAGUAGGCCGCAACGUCGCGGUAGCUUCCAUGUAUUGACGGAGAGUAAAGACCAUGCAGAGCUGAGGGUCUGAGGGAAAAAAGGGAUAAAAGACCGUGGAAGAGUCGGACUUCGUGCGUCGUGAGACCUGGAAGGGUACACCCGCUGGGCAAAAGGUAAAUGCGUUGGCAUCAAAAGCGCGUACAUCGGACAACCGACGAAAGGAGACCAGGCAGAGCAGGAAGGUGAAUUUCGCCGUAAGCUGGCGGCGUGCUAAUUUCUCGUUAGGAGGCCAGUCCCGUAAAAACUGUAAGAUAAUGCCAACGUCCCAAAGUCUUGAGGAUUUGGGUUCGGGGGGGCGCCGAAGGCGCAUGCCGCGGAGGAGUCUACAGAUAGGUGGGUCCCUUGAGUCGGAGUAUGGGCCGCUGAACGUAUCACAUUGAUAGACCGGUAUGAUUUUCCGGCUGUGAAUAGGGAGGUGAGGAAAUUCAUGAUGGAGGGAAUAGGUGCAGUAAGAGCUUAAGGCGGCAAAAGGAAUUGCACGAACAGAGCCGGGCGUUCGUGCGCAGGAAAGUAGCCGAACGCGAGCGCCAAUAAAUGGUGCGGGUGUUCGGCGCACGAAUAGACGAACGUGAGCACCUAAUACAAGGCGUUCGCAGGGAAAUUGCCGAACGAUAAGCGUUCGGCAAACGAAACGUACCUUCGCGAAUGAACGAUAAGAUUAAUGCCGUUCGUGAAGUGAAAGGACGUGCGAAGAACGGUAAAAGGCGGGGAAAAAACGCGAAGAGAGGUCUGGCUCUGGGGAGAUGUGGCAAAAAUGGUGAGAAUGCCGGUAAGUCCUCCUGUAAACCGGGUAAGGGGAAAUUACAGCUGAAGGGUCCCAGAGCCAGGGGGGGCGUCCCUGGAGUGAGGGAAAGGCAGAAAGAGCCCAGAAACAGAGUGGUUAGCCCAGAGAAAUGGAGGUCAGUAGAGUAACAGGAGAAAUACAAGCUGGGUAGUAAUAGACUAUGAUACAAGCUAGAAAAUAUGAUAUAAAUCACUGUAGGUAAGAAGUAUGAAGGACAGAGAGGAGAAACCAAAAUCUGUACUUAUCUUGUGAUGGAGCAGCAAAGAAAGAGGAAAUGAUGUAAUAUGACACACCUCUUAUACCCUGUACUGCAUUGUGAUUGGUUCUCAGUUUUCACUCUUUUUCUUUGCUGCUGUGGGAGUUAGUAACGAAAGAUUAUGCAAAAUACAAAGCCUCCUGUCAUGUGGUAAAAUUGUAAUUAUGGCAAAAAGUGUUUACCUAAACAAAUCAUUAUUUGAACUUUAAAACACCAUUUGCGUAACUAUAAUUCAAGCAAAACUAUUUACACUUACCAGUAGUUCCAGGGCAUCUAUUGGUGAGCAGGGGCCACUUUCUGGAUAUGCCUGGGCACCUAUUGACAGAGGUUCCUGGAAGCCACUUGACAAACUGCUGUCACUUUCCCAGGUGUUGCUUGGGAGCCUGUUGAACAGGGGUCACUAUUCUUGAAGGAACCUUGGUACCUAUUGGCAAGCAGCGGCCACUUUACUGGGGUACCUGUCCGGGUGUGUAUUGAUGAGCAGGUGGCGUUUUCUUGUAGAGCCUGGGCAUUUAUUGGCAAGUAGGUGCCACCCUUCCCACCUAUUAGAGAGCAGGGGCCACUUUCCAGGAACACCUAGGGCAUUUAUUGACAAGCAAGGGCCACCCUUCUGGGGAUCCUGGUCACUUAUUUGCGAGGACAUUCCUUGAGGGGUACCUAGUUGGUUAUCAGCCAGCAAAUGACCACUUUCCAAAGAUGCCUGGAAGUUUAUUGCUGAGCAAGGACCACUUUCUGGUCUUGCCUGUGUGCCUAUUUCUUCGGCAAAUGGCUUUGAAAUCUGGGGGGAAAAACUGUAAGAAAUGUGCAAACUGGUUGCCUAAACACUGGUUAAUCAAACUUUUUUUGCCUGAAAUUACUAUUUGCCUACCACAGAUACAUGGGUAUGUGGUUAAUCCAGGGAUAAGUCCAAUUGACUUGACUAAUUUUCUUCUUCCAUGGAAACUUUUAUACAACCUAUGUAUUUUUUUUUUUUUUUGCCUGCUAGAACACAGACUGUUUAUUUUUAUUUAAAUUUUAAGUAUCUGAAUAUUGUCCUAACACACUGCUCAGUAUCCCUUGAACGUGAUUGUGAUUAGUGCUGUGAUUGUGUUGAGGAGUGUUGGUUAACACAUUAGGCUGAGUCCCAGAAUAGACCUGUCCGUCCACCACACUUUAAACAAUGCACAUUAAUAUACACAAAUAACAGAGCUAAUGACCUGAAACUUGUGCUUCUGACUCAGGACUUUGGGUGUAAGGCAGGGAUGAUGUUGCCAUAAUAACAUGUUUUUUUUUAGCAGGGAAUUCCUGCAGAAAGGAACUAUACAUUUAUUAUAAAGGGUGUAUACCACAGUAAUUAUAGUGUUUGUGUCCAUAGGAAGGUGUAUAUGCAGAAAUCCUUCUGUGAAAUGAGUUCGUAGGAAGAGUUAAAUACAUGGAGCUAUUCCUGAAAUAGAUUCCUUGUUAAAAAAAAAAAAAUUCUAAAUAUAUUACUGGGCUGAAAUACUGUGCGAAAUAAUAGAGCUUGUAAAAGAAAUGCAGUGAGGUAGAUGCACAUUGGUUAGGAAAAUAUUAUGAACUGAGGAAUGUGUUAAAUAACACACAUAAUGUAAUGCAGAAUAUGUACAUAUAUAUAAAGUAUAACACAGUGGGAAAAAAGCCCCAAAAAACAGGGGGUUAAUCCACUAGACAAGGAGUCUGACCAAUAGGGAAUCUAAACUUUUUUUUUUUUUUGACAAUCUUUAUUUUUGUAAGUUCUCAGUGAUACAUAAUAAGACAGGUAAAGGGGUAGUAAAUGAUCGGACAGUAACAAGCAGGUGCAGACAUAGGUAAACAGUAUUUUACAAUGGCAUAACGGUGUUAAAGUAGCAAAUCUGAAUUUCUGAAAUUUGUGCUAUUUCUAGAGUCGAUUAACAUUCGGCUUGGUUACACAGCGUAUAACAAAGCAGAUACAACCUUGGCUCCACCAUCACAACUUAUUGUAAGGCUCAUUUAUAAGUCACAAAAUGGACAGGGAUCAGUAGAUAUGGAGUAAAGGGUUAGGCUCCAUAGGCAACCGGAUAAGGAAUUAUUUAAUUAAAGGCUUAAAAACAGUAGUGUUUAGAGUGGUGUUGGAAAGUGACAAGGAGGGUAAGUAGGAGAGAAAAGAAAAAGGGGAGUUGGGAGUUCAGAAGCAGGUGAAGUAAGCUAUGGAGUGGGGGGUGGGGGGGUAAGGAAGAGGUUGUGCGCAAAAGGACAGUCAGGCCACCAGUUCAAGUAUUAGUGGCAGUUUCGCUUUCGGGUGCAUUCACGCCAAAUCUACAUUUUAUAUUAAGUACAAUGGAGAGGAAGUAACAGGUUAGAGUGUUGGAGUGUUCCUUUAAUAGCUGUGGAAUUAGUCCUAUAGGUAUUUACUAAAAUUAAGUCCAGCUCACUUGGAGCUUCUCGACAGGGUUUCCCUGUUGCUCUGCUCAUGUAUAAUAUCUCGAAAUCUCUGUGGCUCCCAGCUUGUUUUUUGUUCUUUUUUAAUGGAAUACAAGCUCUCAAAUGUAGUCUCCAUCUAUGUUUAUGGAGUCCCAACUCAGACAGACUCUGAGAAAUCUAAAUAUGUGUAACAUUCCUAGGCAUACAACAAAGUAGUACUUUAUAAUAACAAUGUAAAGAAUUAUAAUAACAUUCCACACAGUUAUUGUUCUGACAUGGAGACGGGACGAUACUCAUAUUAUUGUAGCAACACCUGCACUGUAUGUCCGAAAGUAUGUUGCCAUCCCAAACCACUUGCAUAAAUAUGACAUGGGAGUCCACUUUGACGCUAUAAGAGUCUCCACUCUUCUUUGAAGGUUUUCCACUGGAUACCUUUGUGUCCUGUAUUGGCUUCAAUUUAAUAAGAGCAUUAGUGAAGUUGUACCGUUGUUGGGUAGUUGGGUGCGGCUUGUAAGGUGUUCAGUAAGGUCAGGUUGUGAUCUGUGCAGAACAAUCAUUUUAUUCUGCGCAAAUCGCAACAAGCCUCUUCUGAACGGGUCUGACUUGGUUUAAGAAGACAUUUUGGGAUAUGGUAUAGGAAAGUUUUUAUUCAUGUUUCAUUGUAUGCUCUCGCACUAAAGGGGCACUGAUUAAACCAAGCAAAACAGCUCCUUAACUGUUAUCACCCUUCCAUGAAACUGAAGUUGACACUAUAGCAGGCAGGUAGCAUCCACCAGGAAUUGGCCAAACACAGUUGUCAGUCCGAUUAACAGAUGGCAAAACUCCAGAAGACAUUUUUUACUGCUCCACAGUCCAGUGGUUUUACAACCGCUACAGCCGACACAAUCAUUAUGUUAGUGUGUGGCAACUUAUGCAAACUUGUGUCAUGAAACUCUUAACAAACAGUUCAUGUUCUGAUGUUGAUUUCCGUCAUCUCUUUGUGGUGAGUGAUGAUUUUACUGAUUACCAUUUCAAAUUUGAUGGUCCUUUUCUGUGAGCUGUUUCUUGACCUCAAAUGUUUCCAUUUCUUAAAAAUAGCACUUCGUUUCCUUUGACAUUACAGAUAAAACACAUAUUUUAUAACAAAGUUUCUUCCUAGCCUUUCAAAUUUAGAGUCCCCUUUAAAUUGAGUUUUGCUCACAUUUACUCCAACCCAGUCCAGCCUCUCUGAUACUCACUGGUAUCAUCAGUGCUGAUGAUCUCAGCCAAUCUAAUAUUCCAUCACAGGGAAGCAUUGGGGCCGUAGUGUGCCACACUCCGCUACUUAGCAUCUCCUUAUACAGACACAUCUCUGUGUGCUGAGAGUGAAAACGGCAAAUAUCUGUCCUACAAAGAUUGUAGGAAGCACCUCUAUUGGAAGUCCGAGUAACAACCAUUAGAAACAAAUGUAAACACAGAUAAGACAGCUUUUAAAAAUGAAAGACUGCAAGGACAGUCUCUUUGUAUUAAAAUCACUACAGCUGUGGUGGUUCUUGUGCUUACAGUGUCCGUUAAACAAAGUACUGAUUUAGGUCAAAACUAAUAGGGCAGAAAUUUGACAAAAUGAUCUGUUGGAAAGAGACCAUGUAAAAAAGCUCUCUGCUGACAUAUACAGAACAUUCUACCGGCAGUGUUUACCGGUGGAAAUUGCAUGGGUUCAGUUUAUACGCCUGUCAGGGGCAGAUGCUGCUGAAAUAGUCUGAACCACUAAUUAGAUGAUGUUAAUGUUAUCUAUGUAAAGGUUUAGCCACUAAACUCCACAUUGUAGAGAAUUGAAAAUAGAAUGGCACAUUUAGUCAAAAGAUUGCUGAUCUGGUCAAGUCCUUUAACUGCACUACAGUCACAGCGGACAUUUGGUCUUUCUGAUUUCAGUUUGCUACAAUUCAGAAUUUAGUGAAUAUACCCCAGGGAUAAAUUAUUCAGGCUGGCAGUGUGAGCUAUGAUAUGCAGACAUCGGAUAAUAUGCAGGCUAAUACCGUAACUAUAGUAAUCACCUGCUCUGCGAAUACGGCAAAAUGUACGAAAACGCAGUCUUAUAAUAGUUAAACUUAGAGCAGUAACUAUUGCAGAUAAAUUGUAUACAGAAUGAUAGAGUGCAAUGUUUAAUAACCUGCAGAGUUACAGUAACAUGUCUAUGACAUGUAGCUAUAUGAUCACAUUCAGCAUGUUACAGUAACAUGUCUAUAACAUGUAGCUAUAUCAUCAUAUUUAGCAUGUUACAGUAACAUGUCUAUAACAUGUAGCUAUAUGAUCACAUUCAGCAUGUUACAGUAACCGAUAGGAUGAUAUGUAGCUAUAUCAUCAUUUACAGUAGUAACAUGUCUGUGUAGCUUUAUCACGGGCGGGCAGGCAGGCUUUUAGUAGUCAUGUGCCAAAACAAGAUUUUAAAGUCCCUUGGUGUGCCAAUCCAAUUUUUUUAAAUUGAAGUGUGUAUAUUGCCGUAUUAAGCUUGCUGUGUGCUUGAGUUGCUUUGUAGCAUUGUAUUGUGCGUAUGUGGGCUGUUAUAUUGUAUGUGUUCGUGAGUGGUUGGAGAUAUUGUGUAUGAAACCUAUGAAUGUGGGCUGUGUAUGGGGGUCGCUUGUGUAUUUGUUUGUGUGUAGAUGAUAUGUCACACAGUGUGUUUGGUGUGUGCCUGUGUGGGGCUGUUUGGGGUAUUGCAUAUGAGAGGCUGGUUGUGUGACUAUGUGGGUUGUAAGUGGGGUUGCGGGACUACUAUGUGUGUUUGUGUGCGAGUUGUCUUAACAGUCACAGUGUCACAGUAUCACAGAGAGGCAGAAGGCCAUUAUAUAACUUGGCCUAGGGCCCAUUAAUAAAAGGUAUUAAAUGCACACUUCACACAGCUCCAGGCCAACUUCCAGAGUUUAUGUACAGCUAAAGCACUCAACCCUGCAGGACUUGCCCUAAACAGAGGUAGCAUUUCUGGAUGAUCAUCCUAGACCUCUUAUUUUUCCUAUUUCUGUUUUAAAUUGUAUUUCUUUCUGUCUCCAUCCCCCUUUCUAUUUCCAUUGAUGACUAUUGCACCCUCCAUCCUUAACUCUUGUUUAGUUAAAUGUUUGGUUUUGCCAGUAUUAGUUAUUGCACUCUAAGCCUCAUUCAUUAAUGAUGACUUUUACCUAAGUAUAUCAUAUCACAAAGUGGUAACACACAGAGUGAAAUAUCACAACACUGUGUGACAUUGUUAAAUGAGCAGUUCAGCACUGAACCAUGCAAAAGAGGUACAUCCAAAUAAUAGUUUUAGUGGAGUCUUAUCCCUAAUCAUCUGCAACUGCAGCUAAAGACUUGGUGUGAGCUGUUGAAGUUUUAAUUACAAGAAUAAUGUCCUUUUAAUGGAGUUUAAAUAUGCAGGAGUGGCUGUCAAGGCCACAUACAUGCAAACGUCAUUGGGAUGGGACAUUCUAUCGUGUAUCCAGCAGCGUGGCAGAGAAAGAGUUAUAAAAAGCACAAGGACACUAUGAUUUGUGAACUAAUAAACCUUGGGGAAGCUUGUUAUGCUGGCUUGUUAGGAACCGGAGCAGGCAGGUUUGUGAUGGCUAUGGACCAGAUCUUUUGAAAAGGGUAGAGGCAAAGCCCUGCAUUUAAGGCACAGGGAAACAGAGUUUGACAAGUUUAAGGAAGUAGUACUGCUAGUACAGGAAUUCAGCAUGGUUUUACUGUGCCAGGAUCAAAGUAUGUGGUCCUUCUAGGAAAGAACUUAAGAGCGUGGUACAGGAACUUCUCAGGAUGCCAAUAAAAAGACUGCUGUCAUUAGGACAGGACUUACGAUCUUGGUGUCACUGGUGUAGGAAAGAUGGAAUUGGUGUCACCGGCGCAGGAAUUAAAAAUGGGAAGUCUCAGAUUGGCACAGAAAUAUGUUAUGGUGCCAUUUGAUCAGGAGUAAACAUUUUGGUGGGGUACAAACACAGACAAUGGACUAGGACAAACCAUGUGGUGAGCCUAUAACAUGGAUAUGAAAUGUGUCAUAACUACACCAGGAAUUGGCAUGGUUUCUGUAGGGUAGAGGGUACAGAGUUUGGCAUCUCUUGCACCGUGUUACAGGAUGUGAAAUCUCCACAAAGUACCCUGGCACAGAUGAGCCAUCAAAGUUCUACAAUAAUGAUUCAGAUCUUGGCCUGGACAGGGAUUAGUUCCAGUAGGAGACUGGUGUAGCCUGGUGCAUCUACGAUGUUGAGUCCAACCAACAUCUCUCCAAGUUAUUGUCCACCCUCUAGCUUUUCAGAAACCCCCACAGCUUAUACUGUAUGUAUAUAAUUAAUGUAAUAAUUUCUGAAAUCCCCAUUCCAACCACUGCUUGUAUGUAUGCAACCUCUGUGAUCAAGUCUGUUAUAGAAGGCCGACACAUCCUGGGCUAGGAUAAACAGUUAGGGAUUUCUGAAUAAAGGAUGUAUGGACUGGCAUAAUUAGAUCUGGUGUACAGAGCUGGGAUGAAUCACAAGCACUUUAUCCAACAUUCUCACCCAUUCUUUUUUUUCCCCCACAGUCCUUUCUCUUCUUCAGAGCAAUGUGGAUCCCAACCUGUGUAAUGAAGAUGGUCUGACCGCCCUUCACCAGGUACUACACCAGUCAUAUUGCUUAAAACACAAGCAAACAAUGGUUACUUGAUGUCACUUUGAUACAAACACCAUGGCCUGUACAGCCCUUGUAUUUAUAUCUAAUUGGCAUAAUACGUCAUGUUCACCUCUAGGUCUACAUGUUAUCUUAUCUCAUAGGUGUUUUCAGGGGGGCACACAGACAACUGGGAUGUAAGGUCAUGGGUACAAACUCCACCUAUACGCAUGUGACUUAACAUAUCCCCAUAUGAACAAACUGUCUCCUGACUACCACCUGAUAGCAUAUGAGUUAUGACCAACCACAGCCUACCUAAUAUAAGUAGGCACACCUACCUCAGACCUUUGACAACCCGCUCAUACGGAGGCCCAACUUGAUCAGAGUCAAACCUCUGGCGUAGGUGAUAAGGGAAGCCUUCUUUGAAUUAAAGGUAUACUCCAGGCAUCCAGACCACUUCUGCCCAUUGGAGUGGUCUGGGUGCCAACUCCCACUACACUUAACCCUGCAAGUGUAAUUAUUGCAGUUUUCAUAAACUGCAAUAUUUACAUUGCAGGAUUAAGUCCUUCCAGCGUUACCGAAAUCCCCAUAGGAAAGCAUUGUAUAAUAGACGGAGAGUAGACGGAGCAUGACCCAGCGCCGAGGGACAUCGGCACUGGACUCCAGUAAGUCACUGAAGGGGUUUUAACCCCUUCAGCAACUUGGGAUGGUGGGUGGAAGGGAGAGUGGCACUAGAGGGUCCUGCAGUGCCAGUAAAACGAAUAUGUUUUCCUGGUACUGGAGAAUCCCUUUAAGGGUUGUCCCUCCAAAUACAACCCUACAAUCACUUACUUGUUGGGGAUGCGUGCCUUUUUAUUUCUUCAGCGGGACCACAUGCCAGAGGUGGAAGCAGUACAGAAUAUAUAGUAACCCUUAAGAUAAAUCCCUCCGGGAACGGCCCGUCAAGUCUUGAUACACUUCCUACGAAAGGGCUUCCAGCCAUAUACCGAUGCCAUUGACUCGAAUAUGACAAACACAUAACUUGUACCUCGACUAAACGACCCCUUACUGGACAUACAUGUUAUCAAUCUACACCUCCUAGAUACAAGACCCCAAUCAGACAGAGCCCGUGUCUCUUCCCUCUCUCACUCCCCCUUUUUCCCCUCUCUCUCUCUCUCCCUCUCCCCUUCUUCUAUUAGGCUUGCACCUUGCACUCUCUUAGACACUCCCCCUUGGUGCCUGGGCCCGCAACAUAGUUCAUUACAGCCUCAACAUUUUAGAAGUAGCCAUUUGGCUCAUGGAGACUGAAAAGACUUCUAAGACACUUGUUAUAUAUCGAUCUCUUACACGUACUACAUGUCUACGCUUAUAUUGCGGAACUCUUACAUUUUUUUUUUUUUAAAUACAAAUCUUCAAAAUGAGCGUGCUAAACAAAAAUGCAGGUAAUUAUUUUGGCCUAAAGAUAUUAAAUGCAUUAAUGCUGUGUUUGUAUCUCAACCGUCACUUUAUUGGAAAUUACGCAGUUAAGUCAAACAUCUAAAAUGACCUAGAAUUUGUGUUAACUUUGGUUUGAUAUACAUUUAGAGAAAAUGGAACAUCGCAUGAAACCUUUAGGUAUGGACAUCACAGUCCAGCUGAGUCCAGGCACAACAAAGGCACACAAUGCACUGAAGGAGUAGGAAGUGCAACAUUCUCUCCGUUCCUCCUCUUCUCUCUUUUUAUGCUGAUACCCAGGUGCAGAGGACAUUGCUUAUAACAUUGGCUGACAGCAAGAUAAUGUGGAGGCAAUCAUUUAAAGAUAGCUCUCUUUCCCCCCCCCAGAAUUUCCAAACAAAUAUUUGUUAAAUAUAGUAAUUAAGUAAACAUCAUUAAAAAUCACGAGAAGUAACGUUGCCCCUUUAAGCAAUUGUUUGCAAGCUGCUCAGCUCUGAAACAGUUGAAAAUUGUAUAACCAUGACAGCCGUUUGCAUAGCAACAACCGGGUAGUCAAUACAAACUGCAGUGUUAACCAUUACGUUGCUGGGGCUCUCUCCUAAAAUACGGCAUAAGAGCAACUCUGAUUGUAACAUAACAUUUAUAUAUAAUACAGUAUUAGGCUAUGUAAUACACUGAUGAAUUCUUUAGCACUGUAUUGUAGAAAAAAAAAAGAUUCUUUAACACUUUUUCUUUUCAAAAACCUACCACACAGAUGUGAGUAAGCCAAAAUAUUUAAAGAACAUGCUUGAGGGCUCCUAACAAGUAUGUAUCAUACUUUCAUGUUGUUUCAGUGGUAACCAUACUGUUACUGAACAGAGAACAGGGCUGGCCUGAUUUCUGCACUGACAGAACAGUGUUGGCCUGAUAUAUGCAUUACCAUCAAAAAAAAAAGAGGGGGGAUUUCGGGACACAACGGGAACAUGCUUUUCUCAGUAGUGGUACUACCAUAAAUAUCAAAAUAUAUUCAAAAUACAGAUUAGGGAACAGCACACACAAAAACAAUAUACAGGCCAUUUAAGCAGUAAGUAUUGCAGUUAGCAUGUUAAUCUCCCAUGUUAAAAUUAGUGUAGGACCCACCAGUAUUGGGGUACUGUGAUCUAGUGGUGGGCUUAACACAAUAUGGCCAUAUGGUGGAACCAAAUCACCAUAUCUGCUUGCUAAGAUAGGUAUUUUUACGUAGCCUUGUCAAAUUUAAAACUAUGCAUUGUAUUUGUGUGACUGCUGUUCCCUAAUCUGAAUUUUAUCAUACCAUCUUGUACAGAUUGCUAUAAAAUUUUAAAUGAGAUUAUGCCGUUCUAAACUGUUUCUGUUCACCGUCGAAGUAACAUUGUCUGUCAGUGGGGCAUAGCAGUUGGCCGUUUACUUCCAAUGAGUCAGAGUACAGCUCUCUGCGGAAUAUAUUUCUAAUCCUUUGGCUAAAAGUGGGUUAACAUUGAGCCUUUCGCAGGCUUUUCGCUUAGAAAAUUCCCAGCUAACGCAUUCCUUGCCUCCUCACAUGGCUUUCUGUAUGAAGACAAGCAUUGUGUGCUACCCACUGUCUGUCUAAUCCUCUGCCUUCCUCACUAAAGCAAUUGCAGCUGUGGGGGCGACAGCCUCUGGAGUGGGUAACAGAUAACAAAACACUUGCCUUUCUAGAUGACUGUGAAAAGAAAAAAGUCAUGCAUUUUCAUGUAUUACGUCCAAAGGUAAAGAAGUGGGAGAAGGCAUGAUGCAUAAAUACAGCUCAUAUAUAGAAGUAUUUAAGUAGGCAAUAAAAUGGGCAGAUAGGCCAUUUAUCUGUCCAUCAUCUAAAUCUGUUCAUAACUAACCAUUACCUUCAUAGAAUGUACCUUCUGGUAUACUGUCUUUGUAUAGCUGUGUUUUCAGAUCUGACCUGUACUCUUUGAUAAGAUUAACCCCUUAAGGACCAAACUUCUGGAAUAAAAGGGAAUCAUGACAUGUCAUAUGUCCUUAAGGGGUUAAAGGGACCCAAUAGUCACCAGAACAACUACAGCUUAAUGUAGUAGUUCUGGUGCCUAUAGCCUGUCCCUGCAAACUUUUCAAUGUAAAUGCUGCCUUUUCAGAGAAAAAGCAGUGUUUGCAUUAGUGCUUAGGGGCACCUCCAGUUGCCACUAGAGGUGCUUUCUGGGUCAGUGCUGCACUUUGCAAGAAGACACUAAACUUUCCCCGCAGAGAUCCAUUGAUUCAAAGCAUCUCUAUGAGGAGAUGCUGAUUUGCCCAGUGUGGUGUUUUACCAGUCAUGUGCAAUAUCCUCCAAAUGCUUUCCUGUGGGCAGUUUGAAUGCGCGCACGGCUCUGGUCGCACAUGCGCAUUCGACUCCACUCGGGAGCUGCCGUCGGCAGUGGGAGGAAAGGUCACCAGUUCCAAGGGAACCUGGCACUGGAUUAAGGUAAGUGGCUGAAGGGGUUUUAACCCCUUCAGCCCAGCAGGAAGGGGGCCACGAGGGAGGGGGACACCUAAUUAUCCUAUAGUGCCAGGAAAACAGGUUUGUUUACCUGGCACUAUAGUGCUCCUUUAAGCUAUCUAAAGUGCUCAUUCUAAAGAUGCGUACAAUGUUCUUUCUAGUUAUGCAGUGUUCCCUCUAAGCUCUUUGCAACAUCCCGUCUAAUCCCAGUUUCCAGUGCUGCUUUGAAACUGUUAAAAUUACAUUCCACUGCCCAAAUACAAAAUAAAUAACAAUCACUGUUUAGUAGAUAUACCCCAAAUGAAAACAUACAUGCAUUUAAUUAUGCAUUUUUCAAUGGGGUAUAUUUAACACAUUAGCUUGCAAAACUUGUAGAUCUCUUACUGCUGCCUUUGCAAGCCCUCCCCUUCUGACCCCGCCAAGACUUUAUAUGACUGUCCAAUCACAGGCUUCCCAGUGUAGCUUAAUGAGAAGUUGUUACAAGGCAGGUGGUCUGGGUAUUUGCUGUCUCUUGAGUUUAGCUCCACUGAGCAGGGCAGCCAUCAGGGGCAUCUGCACCGGGGCCCAUCAGGUGGCCCAAGCAUUUAGGGCCACCCGAUGGGCCCUAUAUCUUCAGGGGCCCGGUCAGCGCUGGGCUGGGUAAUUGCGCAGCCUGGCCCCUUUAAAAAAAAAAAAUUGCGGCUAAACACCGCAAGUGCUGCUGGAAGGAAGUGACGGCCGGUCACUUCCUCCCAGCUUACUCCGCGCGGGGGGAGAGGGAGAGUGGAGGAGAGGACAGGACAGGGACACCAGAGGCAUCCACUCCCAUCAUCCCCAGCCACCCUCCUGCAACUUAAAGGUAAGAGGAGGGUGGCUGAUAAAUGAGGUGUGUGUGUGUCUGCAAGUAUGUGUGUAUGUCAGUGUGUAUGUCAGUAUGUAUGUCUGUGUGUGUAUGUCAGUAUGUAUGUCUGUGUGUAUGUCAGUAUGUAUGUCUGUGUGUAUGUCAGUAUGUGUGUGUGUGUGUAUGUCAGUAUGUAUGUGUGUGUGUAUGUCUGUGUGUGUGUGUGUAUAUGUCAGUAUGUAUGUCAGUAUGUCUGUGUGUGUGUGUAUGUCGGUAUGUAUGUCUGUGUGUAUGUCAGUAUGUAUGUCUGUGUGUGUGUCUGUGUGUAUGUCAGUAUGUCUGUGUGUGUGUAUGUCAGUAUGUAUGUCUGUGUGUAUGUCAGUAUGUGUGUGUGUGUGUGUGUGUAUGUCUGUGUGUAUGUCAGUAUGUAUGUCAGUAUGUCUGUCUGUGUGUAUGUCAGUAUGUCUGUGUGUGUGUAUGUCAGUAUGUAUGUCUGUGUGUGUGUAUGUCUGUGUGUAUGUCAGUAUGUAUGUCUGUGUGUGUAUGUCAGUAUGUCUGUGUCUGUGUGUAUGUCAGUGUGUAUGUCUGUGUGUAUGUAUGUCAGUAUGCAUGUAUGUCUGUGUGUGUAUGUCAGUAUGUAUGUGUGUAUGUGUCUAUCUGUAUGUGUUUGUGUAUGUCAGUAUGUAUGUCUGUUUGUCAGUGUGUGUGUGUCUGCAAGUAUGUAUGUGUGUGUGUAUGUCACUCUAUCAGUAUGUAUGUCAGUAUGCAUGUAUGUCUGUGUGUGUGUGUGUGUAUGUCAGUAUGUCUGUGUGUAUCUGUGUAUGUAUAUAUCUGUGUGUGUAUGUAUGUAUGUAUAUCAGUAUGUAUGUGUAUGUAUGUCAGUAUGUAUGUGUAUGUAUGUCUGGAUGUCAGUUUGUAUGUAUGUCUGUUUGUCAGCAUGUAUGUGUGUCAUUAUGUGAGUAUGUAUGUACAACAGUGUUUGUGUCUAUAUGUCAGUGUGUGUGUGUGUGUGUGUGUAUCUGUGUAUGUAUCUAUAUGUAUGUCUGUUUCAGUAUUUGUGUCUGUUAGUAUGUGUGUAUCUUUCUGUGUGUGUGUCUGUGUCCUUUUGUGUCUGUGUGUGUGUAUUCCUGUGGGCGGGAUUUGGAGGCGGGCACACGGGGGCCCAAACCUUGAGCUGUGUUAGGGGCCCCACAAUUUCUGAUGGCGGCCCUGCCACUGAGAUAACCAAACAAGGAAGUAAAAGGACUUAUUGUCUACUUGAAAGCCAAGGGAGGAUAACCAGGAUCAUUUAUAAAAGUGUCAAUUGUUAUUGAAACUGCACUUUUUGUUAAAAAAAAAAAAAAAAAUCACACUCUUCACACACAAAGUAUGUCAGCAAGCUAAAGUUCUUUAGGUGUCUGGAAUGUCCCUUUAACCCCUUAAGGACCAAACUUCUGGAAUAAAAGGGAAUCAUGACAUGUCAUACAUGUCAUGUGUCCUUAAGGGGUUAAGGAAAAGUUUAUUUUAAAAGAUAUACUAUACAGUUUACACUAGAAAAAGAGGCAUUCAGUUCAUCUCCAAACAAGUACUGUUUCACUUGGAUUCCACCAUUUUCUUGCUGUUUUGUUCACGGCAGUGCUAAGAUCACUAAAGCGGUUGUGUUUUAGAAUUCUGUUAGCACAGUCUUGUAAAAUAAGGUGCCUUUUACUUACCCCAUCGCUUACCAACAGAAAAGUAAGCCUUUUGUUUUGACACCAAACGGAGAGGGGGUUUUGUAUGUAACAAAUAUGGGUUAUUUCUGGCUUAUAAGGUCAUGCCUACUAACUACAAACUACUUAAGAUCAAGUCAUUUCAGACUGGUUCACUUUUUCACUAAACUGGAAACAAUAGGGCAUGUCAGUUGCAAAUUAUAGUCCAAAAAUGAACUAAAAAGUCACAAUCAUGUCAAUGUCUCCAAUUUGCAUUUCCCUCGUUAUCCAAAAUUCCCAGUAAAAUGAAUAAACCUCGUUAUGUCAACCUGCUCCUUCACUGAACACUGAGGCAGCCAUGCAUGCGCGACACCAUUACGUCACAUUUGUUAACAAUUGAUAGAACUUACUGCAGGUAAAAUACUUUGAGAUUAGAACUUUCUUUCCCCUAAGCAGAGUCUCUUAUCUUAUAUUGCCUUCUUGCUAAAUGACCAAUUAACGUAUGUUAAACCUCAUUUUAUUUACAAACAGAUUGGGUGAUAAUUUAUGGCCUCGUAAACUUUCACAAGGGAAAGCCACUUUUUUUUUAUAGACGUUUUGACAGGCCCUGUGAUAUUUUUAUGGAUGUGUUUUUUUUUUUUCUAGACUGCCCUUUAAAGGUCUGUGCAGAAACUAUGAAGAUAAAGCAUGAUUAUUAUUAUUAUUUUUAAAUCUUCCCUUGCCACCUAGCUAAAGAUAACAUUUCCCCAUAUCAUGGAAUUAUCCAUAGGAGGUUUUAUUCAUCUUGUUUGCAUUGUUGCCUAUUUCUUGUUCUUUAAAUUUGGAUCAACAGCAAAAAACAAAUGUGAGGAAGGCUGAACUUGAUGGACACAUGUCUCUUUUCAGCCUAUGUAACUAUGUUACUAUGUAAAUCAUUGUAGAAUUAUUGGUUAAAUUACAUUGCGUGUUAUAAAUGUAUCCCUCAUUCUACAGGGGACGUCGUAAAUCAGGAGCCACCUAAUACCACUUUAUUAUCAGAUAAUGAUGAGGCUACUCUGACUUUAACAAGGUUAUUUACUAUGAAAAUUGUAGGGAAUUCAAAGUGAAUUUGUAAUGAAUUUCAGGUUUAAAGGGAAGCUAUAGUGCCAGGAAAACAAACUUGUUUUCCGGGUACUAUCGCUUCUUCCUGGGUCAAGCCCCCCCCUUCUUCACUGGUGCAGAAGGGGUUAAAAACCCCUUCUGUCACUUGCCUGGCUCUAGGGCCGAUGUCCCUCGGCACUGGCUCGGGCCUGCCUUCUCUCCUCCCCUGCCGACAUCAGCCGGGGAGGAGGCUUAAUGCGCACGCGUUUCCUAUGGGGAUUCUGUUGACGCUGGAUAGCGUGAGGAUGUCCAGCGUCAUGUGACCAAAAGUUGCCUAACAAUCCCGAAGUCCCUUUAAUAAAAAGAACAAAGCUAUAAUUACCUUUACAGGGUUAAGGGUGCUGGGACGCUGCACCCAGACCACUUCAAUGUGCUGAAGAGGUCUGGGUGCCGAUAGCGUCCCUUUAAACCUAAAGUAGGUAGUAAGUAAUUUUUUUCCAGUUCUUCUAUGUUAAACUUAAAAGAACACUAUAGUCACCCAAACUGCCCAAAUACAUUUCUGUGCUUUCAGCUGUAUGACCCAAGAAAUAUAAUAUAGCAUCAUUUAAUUGAAUAGUCAUUUGUAAUACAGUGAUGAUCACUUUGUCAAAGUGUUAUUCCAUUUUAUACAAGAAUGGCUAUCAUUACAUAUUAUGUCUGUAAACAUUUUAAUUUAAAAGUAUGGGCUUCAAUCUAUUUCUUUUUUAAAAUGCACAUUGAAACUCACAUAGUAAUAUUUUAAUUUAUAAACUGUUUUUAAAACUAAAUUGUAGCAAUCACAAAUUGGCAUGGAUAAUUUUUUUCAGCUCGUCUGUUUGGCCAAAAAUGUUCAACUUCCAAGUCUGCUAUUCCCCCAGUUUGACAAUUCUAUCCUGAAAUGAGUUAUUCUUAUGUAUUCCUCAGUAUUGCUUUUGUGUGUCUGUUUGUACAUCCUUUUUUUUAGUAAUUUGCAAAGUGUUUUUGUUUAUGAGGACUACAGCAAUAUAACAGCACAGUGAUGCAAUAAAUGUGCAUAUAUUUUAGCCUGUGUCAAUACAAUCCUUCAGCAUUCUUGCGAAAGAUUUUCCUAGUUCUAGCCAAAAAUAGCUCGUAGAAUUACCUGGAAACAGCCGGUAAAGUCUGGUUCCUUACAAACAAAAUGUACAUUUUUUUGGUGAUAUAAAAGUUCGUAAGGUACAUUCCAUAUCUCUCAAGCAUUUAGGCUUUUUAAUGUGCAAAUGGUUCAAUACUGUUAAAAAAACUUUCCAAAUGAUUUAUCUACAGAUGUCACCAUUAACGUCUAUAGGAAUAUUUGUAGAGAAAUCUAUUUAACUGUAUUUAAUCAUUUGGAAAGCAUAUUAAAUCAAGACCUUAGUCACCUAUAUACUGGAUAUUAGUAGUAUGUAUAUAAAGCCAUAGGCGUGCGCAGCCUAUUGCAUUAGGGUGUGCACCCUAAAGCACAAGCACACGCCGCAUAUAUAUGUAUGUAUAAAUAUAUAUAUGUGUGUGUAUAUAUAUAUAUAUAUAUAUAUAUAUAUAUAUAUAUAUAUACAUACACAUAUAUACACACACAUACACACACUGCUGUGUGUGUGUGUGUGCUGUGUGAGGGUGCUGUUAGUGUGAUGUGUGUGUGACAGUGCUGGUAGUGUGUGUGUGCACGCUUGUGAGGGUGCUGUUAAUGUACUGUGUGUGAGGGUGCUGUUUGUGUGUGAGGGUACUGGUAGUGUGCUGUGUGUGUGUUUAUUAGGGUCCUGUUUGUGUUUGUGAGGGUACUGUUAGUGUGCUGUGUGUGUGUGAGGGUGAGGGUGUUUGUGUGUGCGUGCUUGUGAGGAUGCUGUUAAUGUACUGUGUGUGAGGGUGCUGUUUGUGUGUGUGUGCGCGCUUGUGAGGGUGCUGUUAAUGUACUGUAUGUGAGGGUGCUGUUUGUGUGUGAGGGUACUGGUAGUGUGCUGUGUGUGUGUUUAUUAGGGUCCUGUUUGUGUUUGUGAGGGUACUGUUAGUGUGCUGUGUGUGUGUGAGGGUGCUGUUUGUGUGCUGUGUGUGGGGUGCUGUAUGUGUGUUGGUGCUGUGUAUGUCUGUGGGUGCUGUAUGUGUGUUGGUUCUGUGUAUGUGUGUGGGUGCUGUAUGUGUGUUGGUGCUGUGUAUGUGUGUGGGUGCUGUAUGUGUGUAGGUGCUGUGUAUGUCUCUGGGUGCUGUAUGUGUGUGGGUGCUGUGUAUGUCUGUGGGUGCUGUAUGUGUGUGGGUGCUGUAUGUGUGUGGGUGCUGUAUGUCUGUCUGGGUGCUGUAUGUGUGUGGGUGCUGUAUGUGUGGGUGCUGUGUGUGGGUGCUGUAUGUGUGUGGGUGCUGUGUGGGUGCUGUAUGUGUGUGGGUGCUGUGUGGGUGCUGUCUGGGUGCUGUAUGUGUGUGGGUGCUGUGUGGGUGCUGUAUGUGUGUGGGUGCUGUGUGGGUGCUGUAUGUGUGUGGGUGCUGUAUGUCUGUGGGUGCUGUAUGUCUGUGUGUGCUGUAUGUGUGCUGUAUGUGUGUUGGUGCUGUGUAUGUAUGUGUGUGCUGUAUGUGGGUGGGUGAUUGUGGGGGUGGACAUUACUUGCUAUCCCCCCUCCCUUCUUAACUUUUGUAGGGAGUGGGGAUCGUGCUGCUGAUUCCAUCCCUGGUGGUCCAGUGGAGAGUGAACUCUAGCCCCCUGUGGGGCUAGAGUUCACUCUCGCAAGAUUUGAGCAUUGCCGUGGCAACGCUCAUAUCUCGCGAGAGGAACCCGGCAGAGCUGCCGCCAAUAGCUCCGCCGGUCCUCUCCUGCCUCCCUCCCUGCAUGUGGGGAGGGAGGCUGAGAGCAGAGCCGGCGCUCGGAUAGCGAUCCUGAGAUCUCCCCUGCCGGUCUUCAUGCUUGGCGUGCCACGGGGAUUAGGGUGUGCCCAGGCACACCCAGCACACCCCGUGCGCACGCCUAUGGCAAUAAGUAUAGGAUAACUGAUGUUUAUGAUAAUAUAGAAAGUGAUCCGAACUCACAACAACCAAGAUCAUAGUGUUAUGUAUCAAAAGCUGUUCUGGGGUAAAGUUCUUAAUAUGGAACAGUCAGCAGGAACAUUCUGUAUGUUUGCAUGGUGAUUGCACCUUAUUUAAAAGGCCACAUUAGUCACCAAAGCAACUUUAGCUUAAUGAAACGGUUAUGGUGUAUAGAUCAUGCCUCUAAAGUUUCAGUGCUCAAUUCUCUGCCAUUUAAGAGUUAAAUCACUUUUGUUUUUGUUUAUACAGUGCUAGCCACAGCUUCUCCUGCUGUUUUCACUUUCAAUCAGAUGUAACUUACUUUAAAAGUUUUUAUCUCCUGUUCUGCAAAUUGAACUUUAAUUACAUACAGGAGGCUUCUGCAGGGACUAGGAAGCAGGAGAUAAGAAAUUCUAAUUUAAACAGAAUUUGCAAUAAAGGAAGUGUAAACAUUAGAUGACUCUUUACAGAAAGUGUUUAGGAAAGCUGUGUAAGUCACGUGCAAAGAGGUGUGACUAGGGCUGUAUAAACAAAGUAAUUUUACUCCUAAAUGACAGAGAAUUGAGAAGUGAGACUGCAGGACCAUGAUCUAUAUACCUAAACUGCUUAAUUAAGGUAAAGUUGUUUUGGUGACUAUACCAAAGUUGUUUUGGUAUAGUUAAAGUUUUGCCUCAGAAAUACUCUAUAGACAUAUUGUUUUAUUGUUAUAUCCAAGGUGGUCCAUAAGCGGUCCAUAAUUGUCUUCAUUUGUUCUCUCUUUUUGUCCUCCAGUGCUGCAUCGAUAACUACGAAGAUCUCCUAAAGUUGUUGUUGUCACGUGGAGCUAAUGUUAAUGUCACAGACAAUGAACUGUGGACCCCUCUCCACGCAGCUGCCACAUGUGGUCACACCAAUCUGGUGCGCAUUCUGAUUCAGCAGUAAGUAUAUAAUAAGAAAUAUAUUUAUUUUUAUUUACUAAAGUGAGAAUCCCAAGUGAAUUGAAAAUUUAAGGUCAAAGUAGAAGCAUAGCUGACUUGGAGAAUUUUUCCAGUUGGGCUAUUAUGACUUCAAAUUUGACAUUCAAUGUGAAUUUACUUUGAAUUCUCACUUUUCUGAGCCCUGGCUGACAGGAUUGCUAGUUAGGAAGUUCAUCUUCCAUGUUACCAUGGCAGUUAUAGCCUGAGCCCAUCAACCAUCCUAUUAACACAAUUUGGCCAAGAACUGACAGAUGGCUACCACAGCUUACUAGCACCAUAACUACUACAACAGCAUUUAUGGGUUAUAACACUUAAAAUGCCCCUUUAAAUUGGUGGAUUUAAUAAGCUAAGCAUCAUUAAUGCCAUAAACCCUUACUUGUGACGUAAUUUCUGCUCCAACUGUAAUUUUACUUUCAUUAAUUUUGUUACUGUUAAUACAAUGACAUGCACACCAAACCUAUAUCCUGACAUUGAUUCAUACAAUUGACAUCAUUUAAUAAUAUCUACAAAUGUAGCUUUUUUAUAAGUUAACCUUAUAAACGGCUCUGCCUAUGGGCAAAAUGUACACUGCUACCUUUGACACUGCAUCUGGGGUGGCAUUUUACCACUGAUGGAGUGCCCAAGGAAGGAUUGCACAUUUUGCAGAACCGUUUAAAGAUGGGUUGUUUUCCUGAUGGUUAGCCAGUAAUGUGAUUGUGUGCUACUGUAGUGACUGCUAUCAUUUCUUGAUGCCCGGAUCACUUAAUAUCACUUGAUGAGUGCAGCCUACAACAGCAAGUAUUCAAGAGCAUUAUGAUAUAGUUAGCAUAUUAACACAAUCUCGCUUCUUCAUUGUACGGUUCUCUACAAACUCUGUUUACUUCAGUCGGAGUUGAUAGCAGUUAUGACCAAGCUUUAAUGAAUGAUGAAAUAUUGUCUAAUAUAACCCAUGAGUAAGGACCAUAUGGAGUCAAAAAGGCGUUAUUGUUCUCUAAAGCGUGUCCCUCUGGAUGUGCUCUUUGUCAUUAGAUUAAACAACAUAUUGUUGUUGGAUUGGCUGAAGAAGACUUUCUUUCACCAAAAUAAUAGUCUGUUUUCCUACUUAGUUAAAUUAUGGGACAGGCAUUAGGGCUAGGCCUACAAUAAGGAUGCACUAAGUGGUUAUUUUACACACCAAACCACCAAACUAUGCAAAAGAUAAGGCAUUAUAACAAAAGAUUUUAGAGGCUAGGACCACCAAAAUCCCAAGAACUUGGAGGAUGAAACUAUGUGCCCACACAGCUAAUUAUUUAGAUAUGAUGCAGUACACAUUGCCACAUUGCAGAGCUCAAAAACUUGAUUUCCUGUCUUUCUCUCUCUCUAUCCAGUGGGGCAGAUCUGCUCGCUGUUAACGCCGAUGGUAACAUGGUCUAUGAUCUUUGUGAAGAUGAAGCCACCCUGGAUGUUAUUGAGAACUGCAUGACCUACAAAGGUAAACAUGAGCAGGCAAAUCAAACAUUGAUACAGUAUUUUAUGUAUAAUGAGUAAAAUUUCUGGAGUAAAGUUCUAAAAAUAGGAUAAUCAUCGCGGUGAUCAAUGGAAUCUUCAUGCUUUUUCUUCCCUAGAAUGUUUCUUUAUAAAUAACUCACUUUACUAAUAUUAUUUUUACUAAAGAUGGUGGCAUUGGGUGUAGUCGUGGGCUCUGAAGAGUACAGAAACGUUGUAAUUCUUCUGAUCAAUUUUUUUACAGGUUUCACACAGGAAAUGAUUAAUGAUGCUCGACAGGCCCCAGAACAUGAAAUGCUGGAUGAAGUCAGAGCUCUGAUAACGGCUGCAAAGGAUCUGAACAGGACAGAUAGCCAAGGGGCCACUUUGGUGAGCUUUGUGACUGUGGCAGCAAUGGUUAAUGACAGGCAGUGACCCAUCUACAACCACUGGUAGGCACUGUCACACACCUAAAGCUGUUGGCCUACACAGACAUACAUUGCAUCUAGUGAUCUCAAGAACAUGCACAGUCACACAUUACAACCACCUAAAGACAUUACCCUGCACUGUCACACACUGCACCCACCUAAAACGAUUGCCCUACAUAGUCACAUAUUGCAUCUGGUGAUCUCAAGAACAUGCACAGUCACACAUUACACCCACCUAAAGUCAUUACCCUGCACUGUCACACACUGCUCCCACCUAAAACGAUUGGCCUACAUAGUCACAUCAUAGUGCAUCUGGUGAUUAUCAAGAACAUGCACUGUCACACAUUACGCCCACUUGAAGCUGUUAGCCCACACACUCUACAACUACUAACAAGGGCACGUAAUGUAACACACUCCGCCUGUGACAUUUCCCCACAGCUAAUAUCAAGAAAUAUCAUGUUAACACAUUAUGCUCUGCAUUAAUCAGUGGCAUGCACUGUCAUCCCAUCUACCCAGACACAGUCACAUUCUGGACAUGUUAAACCAAGGUAUAAUCACCAGGCACUAUCACACUCUACAACUACCGAUUAUUGACAGGCACAGACACACACUACAUUAAUAUCAGUAUAUAUAGGAUCACUCAACCUGGUACAAAGUAAUGAGUAUUUGGUGCAAUAUGAAGAAUGCCACCUCCCCCUUGUGGUCAGUAAGACAAAUAGCCAUAGCACAUCAAAAUUGAAAAACAUACAAAAUCACUUUAUUAAUCAAUUCAUCAAUAUAAAAAUACAAAAACGCCAAAGGAAAAUGCAUAUGGUCCAAAAGCAGUUAAAUUGGACCUUUGAAUAGACCAUAAUCAAUGCUCUACAUAAAUGCUACACAAUUACAAUACAAAUGUAAAUAUACAAAUAAUCUGUAUUAAAUAGUGUUACCACAGAACAGUAGUAGUACUAGCCGCCCAAGAGUGUGUAGUACUUCACCUAAAUGCCUUUUAUAUAGGGGUGUAGAGAAGUAUAAUGGCGGUAAACCCAUCAGCCAAUACAAACCAUUAUCCUGAAAUCUAUUCAUAAACAGGGCUAUACAUAGGACACGAGGUCACGCAUUUAGGCUGGAAGAAAGGAGAUUUAAUCUAAGGCAAAGGAAUGGCUUUUUUAAGGAUAUGGAAUUCUCUGCCUGAAGAGGUGGUUUUAUCAGAGUCCAUACAGAUGUUUAAACUGCUAUUGGAUAAAUCUUUGCAAAAACAUAACAUACAGGGAUAUAAUUUCUAAUUAGUGGGGUAAUAGCUGCUUGAUCCAAGGAGAUAUCUGACUGCUAUUUUGGGGUCAAGAAGGAAUUUUUUCCCAGUUUGUUGCAAAAUUAGAAGCACUUCAAACUGGGUUUUUUGGCUUCUUUUGGAUCAACAGCAAAAACAAAUGUGAGGAAGGCUGAACUUGAUGGACGCAAGUUACUUUUUAGCCAUGUACCUAUGUAACACACUACACCUAGAUACUAUUGAUGUCACUGUCACAUACUACACCUAGAUACUAUUGAUGGCACUGUCACAUACUACACCUAGAUACUAUUGAUGGCACUGUCACAUACUACACCUAGAUAGUAUUGAUGGCACUGUCACACACUACACCUAGAUACUAUUGAUGGGCACUGUCACACACUAUACCUAGAUACUAUUGAUGGGCACUGUCACAUACUACACCUAGAUACUAUUGAUGGCACUGUCACAUACUACACCUAGAUACUAUUGAUGGGCACUGUCACACACUAUACCUAGAUACUAUUGAUGGGCACUGUCACAUACUACACCUAGAUACUAUUGAUGGGCACUGUCACAUACUACACCUAGAUACUAUUGAUGGGCACUGUCACACACUAUACCUAGAUACUAUUGAUGGACACUGUCACAUACUACACCUAGAUACUAUUGAUGGGCACUGUCACGCACUAUACCUAGAUACUAUUGAUGGGCACUGUCACAUACUACAUCUAGAUACUAUUGAUGGCACUGUCACAUACUACACCUAGAUACUAUUGAUGGGCACUGUCACACACUAUACCUAGAUACUAUUGAUGGGCACUGUCACAUACUACACCUAGAUACUAUUGAUGGGCACUGUCACAUACUACACCUAGAUACUAUUGAUGGCACUGUCACAUACUACACCUAGAUACUAUUGAUGGCACUGUCACAUACUACACCUAGAUACUAUUGAUGGGCACUGUCACACACUAUACCUAGAUACUAUUGAUGGGCACUGUCACAUACUACACCUAGAUACUAUUGAUGGGCACUGUCACAUACUACACCUAGAUACUAUUGAUGGCACUGUCACAUACUACACCUAGAUACUAUUGAUGGCACUGUCACAUACUACACCUAGAUACUAUUGAUGGACACUGUCACAUACUACACCUAGAUACUAUUGAUGGGCACUGUCACACACUAUACCUAGAUACUAUUGAUGGGCACUGUCACAUACUACACCUAGAUACUAUUGAUGGGCACUGUCACAUACUACACCUAGAUACUAUUGAUGGGCACUGUCACACACUAUACCUAGAUACUAUUGAUGGACACUGUCACAUACUACACUUAGAUACUAUUGAUGGGCACUGUCACACACUAUACCUAGAUACUAUUGAUGGGCACUGUCACAUACUACAACUAGAUACUAUUGAUGGGCACUGUCACAUACUACACCUAGAUACUAUUGAUGGGCACUGUCACACACUAUACCUAGAUACUAUUGAUGGGCACUGUCACAUACUACACCUAGAUACUAUUGAUGGGCACUGUCACACACUAUACCUAGAUACUAUUGAUGGGCACUGUCACAUACUACACUUAGAUACUAUUGAUGGGCACUGUCACAUACUACACCUAGAUACUAUUGAUGGGCACUGUCACAUACUAUACCUAGAUACUAUUGUUGGUAACUGUCACAUACUACACCUAGAUACUAUUGAUGGGCACUGUCACGCACUAUACCUAGAUACUAUUGAUGGACACUGUCACAUACUACACCUAGAUACUAUUGAUGGGCACUGUCACACACUAUACCUAGAUACUAUUGAUGGGCACUGUCACAUACUACACCUAGAUACUAUUGUUGGUAACUGUCACAUACUACACCUAGAUACUAUUGAUGGGCACUGUCACACACUAUACCUAGAUACUAUUGUUGGUAACUGUCACAUACUACACCUAGAUACUGUUGAUGGGCACUGUCACACACUAUACCUAGAUACUAUUGAUGGGCACUGUCACAUACUACACCUAGAUACUAUUGAUGGGCACUGUUACGUACUACACCUAGAUACUAUUGAUGGGCACUGUCACGCACUAUACCUAGAUACUAUUGAUGGACACUGUCACAUACUACACCUAGAUACUAUUGAUGGGCACUGUCACAUACUACACCUAGAUACUAUUGAUGGCACUGUCACAUACUACACCUAGAUACUAUUGAUGGACACUGUCACAUACUACACCUAGAUACUAUUGAUGGGCACUGUCACACACUAUACCUAGAUACUAUUGAUGGGCACUGUCACAUACUACACCUAGAUACUAUUGAUGGGCACUGUCACACACUAUACCUAGAUACUAUUGAUGGACACUGUCACAUACUAUACCUAGAUACUAUUGAUGGGCACUGUCACACACUAUACCUAGAUACUAUUGAUGGACACUGUCACAUACUACACUUAGAUACUAUUGAUGGGCACUGUCACACACUAUACCUAGAUACUAUUGAUGGGCACUGUCACAUACUACAACUAGAUACUAUUGAUGGACACUGUCACAUACUACACCUAGAUACUAUUGAUGGGCACUGUCACAUACUACACCUAGAUACUAUUGAUGGGCACUGUCACACACUAUACCUAGAUACUAUUGAUGGACACUGUCACAUACUACACCUAGAUACUAUUGAUGACACUGUCACGCACUAUACCUAGAUACUAUUGAUGGGCACUGUCACAUACUACACCUAGAUACUAUUGAUGGCACUGUCACAUACUACACCUAGAUACUAUUGAUGGGCACUGUCACACACUAUACCUAGAUACUAUUGAUGGGCACUGUCACAUACUACACCUAGAUACUAUUGAUGGGCACUGUCACAUACUACACCUAGAUACUAUUGAUGGGCACUGUCACAUACUACACCUAGAUACUAUUGAUGGACACUGUCACAUACUACACCUAGAUACUAUUGAUGACACUGUCACGCACUAUACCUAGAUACUAUUGAUGACACUGUCACGCACUAUACCUAGAUACUAUUGAUGGGCACUGUCACAUACUACAUCUAGAUACUAUUGAUGGACACUGUCACAUACUACACCUAGAUACUAUUGAUGGGCACUGUCACAUACUAUACCUAGAUACUAUUGAUGGACACUGUCACAUACUACACCUAGAUACUAUUGAUGGGCACUGUCACACACUAUACCUAGAUACUAUUGAUGGGCACUGUCACAUACUACACCUAGAUACUAUUGAUGGGCACUGUCACAUACUACACCUAGAUACUAUUGAUGGGCACUGUCACACACUAUACCUAGAUACUAUUGAUGGACACUGUCACAUACUACACUUAGAUACUAUUGAUGGGCACUGUCACACACUAUACCUAGAUACUAUUGAUGGGCACUGUCACAUACUACAACUAGAUACUAUUGAUGGACACUGUCACAUACUACACCUAGAUACUAUUGAUGGGCACUGUCACAUACUACACCUAGAUACUAUUGAUGGGCACUGUCACACACUAUACCUAGAUACUAUUGAUGGAUACUAUUGAUGGGCACUGUCACACACUAUACCUAGAUACUAUUGAUGGGCACUGUCACAUACUACACCUAGAUACUAUUGAUGGGCACUGUCACACACUAUACCUAGAUACUAUUUAUGGGCACUGUCACAUACUACACUUAGAUACUAUUGAUGGGCACUGUCACAUACUACACCUAGAUACUAUUGAUGGGCACUGUCACAUACUACACCUAGAUACUAUUGUUGGUAACUGUCACAUACUACACCUAGAUACUAUUGAUGGGCACUGUCACACACUAUACCUAGAUACUAUUGUUGGUAACUGUCACAUACUACACCUAGAUACUGUUGAUGGGCACUGUCACAUACUACACCUAGAUACUAUUGAUGGCACUGUCACAUACUACACCUAGAUACUAUUGAUGGACACUGUCACAUACUACACCUAGAUACUAUUGAUGGGCACUGUCACACACUAUACCUAGAUACUAUUGAUGGGCACUGUCACAUACUACACCUAGAUACUAUUGUUGGUAACUGUCACAUACUACACCUAGAUACUAUUGAUGGGCACUGUCACACACUAUACCUAGAUACUAUUGUUGGUAACUGUCACAUACUACACCUAGAUACUGUUGAUGGGCACUGUCACAUACUACACCUAGAUACUAUUGAUGGCACUGUCACAUACUACACCUAGAUACUAUUGAUGGCACUGUCACAUACUACACCUAGAUACUAUUGAUGGACACUGUCACAUACUACACCUAGAUACUAUUGAUGGGCACUGUCACACACUAUACCUAGAUACUAUUGAUGGGCACUGUCACAUACUACACCUAGAUACUAUUGAUGGGCACUGUCACACACUAUACCUAGACACUAUUGAUGGACACUGUCACAUACUACACUUAGAUACUAUUGAUGGGCACUGUCACACACUAUACCUAGAUACUAUUGAUGGGCACUGUCACAUACUACAACUAGAUACUAUUGAUGGGCACUGUCACAUACUACACCUAGAUACUAUUGAUGGGCACUGUUACGUACUACACCUAAAUACUAUUGAUGGGCACUGUCACGCACUAUACCUAGAUACUAUUGAUGGACACUGUCACAUACUACACCUAGAUACUAUUGAUGGGCACUGUCACAUACUACACCUAGAUACUAUUGAUGGGCACUGUCACAUACUACACCUGGAUACUAUUGAUGGACACUGUCACAUACUACACUUAGAUACUAUUGAUGGGCACUGUCACACACUAUACCUAGAUACUAUUGAUGGGCACUGUCACAUACUACAACUAGAUACUAUUGAUGGACACUGUCACAUACUACACCUAGAUACUAUUGAUGGGCACUGUCACAUACUACACCUAGAUACUAUUGAUGGACACUGUCACAUACUACACCUAGAUACUAUUGAUGACACUGUCACGCACUAUACCUAGAUACUAUUGAUGACACUGUCACGCACUAUACCUAGAUACUAUUGAUGGGCACUGUCACAUACUACAUCUAGAUACUAUUGAUGGACACUGUCACAUACUACACCUAGAUACUAUUGAUGGGCACUGUCACAUACUAUACCUAGAUACUAUUGAUGGACACUGUCACAUACUACACCUAGAUACUAUUGAUGGGCACUGUCACAUACUACACCUAGAUACUAUUGAUGGGCACUGUCACACACUAUAUCUAGAUACUAUUGAUGGGCACUGUCACAUACUAUACCUAGAUACUAACAAUGGGCACUGUCACAUACUACACCUAGAUACUAUUGAUGGACACUGUCACAUACUACACCUAGAUACUAUUGAUGGGCACUGUCACAUACUAUACCUAGAUACUAUUGAUGGGCACUGUCACAUACUACAACUAGAUACUAUUGAUGGGCACUGUCACAUACUACACCUAGAUACUAUUGAUGGGCACUGUUACGUACUACACCUAGAUACUAUUGAUGGGCACUGUCACGCACUAUACCUAGAUACUAUUGAUGGACACUGUCACAUACUACACCUAGAUACUAUUGAUGACACUGUCACGCACUAUACCUAGAUACUAUUGAUGGGCACUGUCACAUACUACAUCUAGAUACUAUUGAUGGCACUGUCACAUACUACACCUAGAUACUAUUGAUGGACACUGUCACAUACUACACCUAGAUACUAUUGAUGGGCACUGUCACAUACUAUACCUAGAUACUAUUGAUGGACACUGUCACAUACUACACCUAGAUACUAUUGAUGGGCACUGUCACAUACUACACCUAGAUACUAUUGAUGGGCACUGUCACACACUAUAUCUAGAUACUAUUGAUGGGCACUGUCACAUACUAUACCUAGAUACUAUUGAUGGGCACUGUCACAUACUACACCUAGAUACUAUUGAUGGACACUGUCACAUACUACACCUAGAUACUAUUGAUGGGCACUGUCACAUACUAUACCUAGAUACUAUUGAUGGGCACUGUCACACACUAUAUCUAGAUACUAUUGAUGGACACUGUCACAUACUACACCUAGAUACUAUUGAUGGGCACUGUCACAUACUAUACCUAGAUACUAUUGAUGGACACUGUCACAUACUACACCUAGAUACUAUUGAUGGGCACUGUCACAUACUAUACCUAGAUACUAUUGAUGGGCACUGUCACACACUAUAUCUAGAUACUAUUGAUGGGCACUGUCACAUACUAUACCUAGAUACUAUUGAUGGGCACUGUCACAUACUACACCUAGAUACUAUUGAUGGGCACUGUCACAUACUACACCUAGAUACUAUUGAUGGGCACUGUCACAUACUAUACCUAGAUACUAUUGAUGGGCACUGUCACACACUAUAUCUAGAUACUAUUGAUGGGCACUGUCACAUACUAUACCUAGAUACUAUUGAUGGACACUGUCACAUACUACACCUAGAUACUAUUGAUGGGCACUGUCACAUACUACACCUAGAUACUAUUGAUGGGCACUGUCACACACUAUAUCUAGAUACUAUUGAUGGGCACUGUCACGCACUAUACCUAGAUACUAUUGAUGGGCACUGUCACAUACUAUACCUAGAUACUAUUGAUGGACACUGUCACAUACUACACCUAGAUACUAUUGAUGGGCACUGUCACAUACUAUACCUAGAUACUAUUGAUGGACACUGUCACAUACUACACCUAGAUACUAUUGAUGGGCACUGUCACAUACUACACCUAGAUACUAUUGAUGGGCACUGUCACACACUAUAUCUAGAUACUAUUGAUGGGCACUGUCACAUACUAUACCUAGAUACUAUUGAUGGACACUGUCACAUACUACACCUAGAUACUAUUAAUGGGCACUGUCACAUACUACACCUAGAUACUAUUGAUGGGCACUAUCACACACUAUAUCUAGAUACUAUUGAUGGGCACUGUCACACACUAUACCUAGAUAGUAUUGAUGGGCACUGUCACAUACUACACCUAGAUACUAUUGAUGGGCACUGUCACACACUAUAUCUAGAUACUAUUGAUGGGCACUGUCACACACUAUACCUAGAUACUAUUGAUGGGCACUGUCACACACUAUACCUAGAUACUAGUGAUGGGCACUGUCACACACUAUACCUAGCUAUUAUUGCUGAGACCUGAGUAUAGCUCAACUGAGCUAACCUAACUAGUAAGCAACAGGACUAGUUGUCUCAUUGACCAGGGGGUUGUAACAAUGUUUAUUUAUAAAAGUUCAAUUGAAAUCUGAAUGCAAAAGAGGACAGUUCCGUAAGUUAAAGUGCUUUAGGUGUGUGGAGUAUCUCUUUAAUAGUUUUUCCUUUUGAUUCUAUUCCUUAGUUGUAUGUAUUUACCAUUAAAAUACACUGUUGGAUUUUGCUAUGUUUCCAUUGUUUUAAUCCAUAACGCACCAUGGAAAGUUAAGCAUGUCCAGCAUGUUUUCAACUGUGUCUUCAGCAUAUUAGGAAUUGGAUUUAUUAAAAUUAUGCAGUUAAACAACAUAGCAGCCAGGUGUUCAUUUUUUGCAUUGCAUUAUUACAGUUUAACAUUAAUUCACUAAAGUAUUUUAUUUAAAAAAAAAAAUUUUUACUUUUCAUUAUUGUUGACAAGACCCUGUUGUACAACUUGAAAUAUUGAAAUAGAAGCAUUUUACAUACAGUUAUUAAGUUAACCAGUAGCUUAACAUAUCCACUUCCUAUACUUAAGUCCUCACUCCUGUGUUAAGUAGUUUAGUGGGUUCAGCCUUUGUGUGCUAUCUCCUUUUGUGUUGGCUGGAGGUGCCUCAGCGCUGUUGUACCAGCAGUAUAGGGGUAGGGAUUGGGUGAAUUAGGUGAGGUUAUUGACUCCAGGGGAAGUAGAGAAGGAAGAGUGAAGAAGGAGAUAACGAGAGAAGCAGAAAGAGAGAAAAAAAGGGGGGAUGGGGGAAUGCAAGUUGUAGUUCCAUCUAUUUACUGCCACCACUGCAUUGUCCCGGUUAACAACAUCAGGUCUGUCUGUCUGUCGGUCAGAGCUUGUGAGUGUCACCUCUCUAGUGUCGUGGUAUGCUCCCUUCCAGUGUCUUGUUGGGGCUGUCGUCUUUCCCUGUGUGUUGCCGGGGGAUUAUGUCUUGAUGUUAGUGCAUUACCUCCCUAUGGGUGAAGUCGGUCCAGGGGUACCAUUUCAGGGCACGUUUGUCGGAGUUACAUUUAAGGUCUGCAGUUAUACUUUCAUACUUUCAAUGGCGUGUAUCUCCUCAUCUUUGGUCACCCAUUGCUGAAAUGUCAGCGCACCCGGGUGCUUCCAGAGGCCAGGGACCAGGAACUUCGCUGCUGUGAGUAAGUGCAUUGUGAGUGAUUUUUUUUUUUUUUUUGUAUGUCGCCACUGUGCUGUCUGUGUGGUGCAGAAGCAUGUGAAGUUGUUGGUGAGGGAGAUCUGCAACCGUGAUUUCGCGUAUUUUUGAAGCAAUGUUAACACUGCCUUUUCUCUGAAAAGUCAGUGUUUACGUUGAAAAGCCUGUAGGGACCAGUACCACUACAUUAAGCUGUAUGUGUGUGUGUCUGCUAGUGAGUGAGCUUGCUUGCAUGCGUGUGCCUGCUAGUGAUUGAGCUUGUGUUUUUAUGUCAAUGAGCUGAUGUAUAUCAGUGAGAUUGUUUGUCUAUGAAGCUGUGUAUCAAUGAGCUUGUGUGUGUCAUUGAGAUGUCAGUGAAAUUGCCUGUGUCUGCAUGUGAGUAUGCUUACUGUAUAAUUAAACGUUUUGCCCUGAAAGGACCAAUAUUUUAUAUUAGAAAAAGCAAUAUAUAUAUAUAUAUAUAUUAUAUAUAUAUAUAUAUAUAUAUAUAUAUAUAUUACUCAAUCAUCUGUCAUGGCAAGAUGUAGCCUUACAUAUUACACGCGACAAUAUAUGGUGCAGUGACUUAUGGGGCUGGCACAAUUUUUUUUUCCAGGGCUGCUUUGUAUCCCCAGUCCGGCCCUGAAGGGGAUUAUGAGUCAGGCUAAGGCGAGGAGAUGUGUGGGAGGUUACUCGAGUAUGAUUGGACACUUUAGCAAUUACUGUAAAUCCCUCCCUUGCUUAGUUCUGCUCCUGAUGCUGUGUGUCGUCCAGUCAUUGGGAUCGCUGUUGGGAUAUUGCUAUAUUAUUUAACCUGCUGGAAACCUUGCCUUAUGGAUUUAUAACUACUUGUUCCGGAGCCUCACUGGGAUCUUAAGCGGAGAUAACUUGUGGAAUACUAGAUCUCCGCUACAGGGUCGUUGUCAAUUGCCUCACGUAUCUAACCGUGCACCACACCCAGAGCGUUGCGUCAAUCAUCGGUUUUCCUGUUCGCAGCUGCACUAGUGUUGUCCCACCAAGCCAUAAUUUCGCUGGUAUAGCGUCUCCCGCAUAUUGGGUCUCCGUGGGGACCCAGAGUUUAGUCGGUAUUCGGACAUGCCAAUCUAUGAUUCGUUGCAAGUGUACUGCUUGGUAGUACAUGUUUACAGAGGGGAGGCCUGAGUGUUUCGGGUGCAUCAACUGAGUUUGGCGUAUUCGAGUAGCUCUACCAUUCCACACAAAGUUCCGGACUGCAGUUGUUAUUAAUUGGAAAAAGGCCCAAGGAAUUACCACUGGUAAGGCCUGGAAGAAAUAGAAGAGUCACGGUACGUUAUUCAUCUUGACCACAUUAAUGCAGCCAAACCAUGAAAUGUAUAGGCCCAUCCAUCUCUGCAGGUCGGUUUUCUGCAUGUUCAGGAUGGAGAGGAAGUUCACAGAAUAUGUUUGUGUCAAAUCUUUAGGUAGCUAUGUGCCCAAGUAACUGAUCAUGGAAUUCGUUACUUGGGCACUUAGCUACCUAAAGACUUGACGCAAAGAAGCAAAAAUUGAAUUGUGUUCGCAGAUGAUCUUCCACGUUCCGUGGGAGAGUGAUGAUGGCCAGGGCUUCCGACUUAUCUAAGUUCAGUUUCAGGUUAGACAUCUGACCGUACCAUUCAAAGAGUUUUAGGAGGUUGUGGAGCAAGACCAGUGGGUUCUCCAGAAAGAACAGCAUAUCAUCGGCAUAAGCCGCUACCCAGUGCUUCCCCCGUCCGGCACGGAGCCCGGUGAUUGCCCCGCCCUGUCUGGCCGCCUCCAAAAAUGGUUCUAGAGAGAGGGCAAACAGGAGGGGGCACAGGGGGCAGCCCUGGCAAGUGCCAUUUUGUAUGGGGAAUGGUGCUGCGAGGACUCAGUUUACCCUUACUCUUGCCGUUGGUGUCGUAUAUUGCGAGGCCACUCACAUUCGAAAGUGGGGGCCAAUGCCCAUGUGUUGCAGCAUUGCAGCAAGGUAUGUCCAGUCUACCCAGUUGGAGGCUUUUUCUGAGUAGCAUUUCCCUCCCUGUGGACCAGAUAGACUGGAUUAUAUUAAGGCCUCUGAUCGUGUUGUCUCUCGCUUCUCUACUUGGAACGAACCCGAUCUGGUCCGAGUGAACCAGGCACGGGAUCGCCCUGGACAACUGCAUUGCAAUGGCUUUUGCAAAUAAUUUGAGGUCUGCGUUCAGGAGGGAUAUGGGCCGAUAGCUUGAGAAUGUCAUUGUGUCCUUUCCCUCUUUGGGAAGAACAGUCACUAUCGCUGCCAGCGUGUCUGUGGGGAAUCACCCGUCCGAUCGGAGGGAGUUUAGUCCUUGCACUUAUCUUGAGAGUAGAACUUCCUGGAAAAUGCAAAGAGGCUACGACAGCGGGACAGCGGGUGCUUUGGAGUUCUUAAGGGCCACGCGAAGUUCCUCGAGGGUCAGGGGUUGCUCAACCUCCACAGCCUCCGCUAGUGUGAGCUUAUGGGUGACGCUAGGGGAUAGGGGCACUGUAGGGUCCUGCAGUGCCAGGAAAACGGAUAUGUUUUCCUGGCACUGGAGAGUCCCUUUAAGAUUUGACCAGGUCAGUGAUUUGUUAUGUCUUUCUUUCGCUGAUAUAUAGUAGCCCCUUAUUGCACAUUUGUGCGCUUCCCAUACCAUCGGGUGUUGGGUGACUUGCAAUGCGUUUGGGGGGGUAGAGGUAGAAGGGUAUAGUCUGGUUAGUGGUGGGGCAGAGGGGUAGACACAAUGUGAUUCAGUAGUGACAGGGAAUUAUGUACAAUCUCGUAAGCAACUUCGACCUCGAUCAGGGUAUAUCUUCCGACAGAGUAUGGGUGAAAGGAGGCCCAAUACUUCUUCGGGACCCGAUCUUAUGUUCACCGCGAGUCCGUUGCAUGGGGCGUCAUGUAGCCCCGUGGUGUGAGUGUUAAUUUCCAACCAUCAGCGCCCCCGAGGCACCCAGCCCACGCAGUUGAAAUGCGUUUGUCCGCAUUCGUUUUCAGUGCCUGAGGAUGUGGAGCUACUUGGCGGCACUACCUGUGGUGCUAUCUGUUGAAUCUAACGUAUUUAUCACAUAAAGGAAUUGAGUUAUGAACAGAUAUAUAUGCUUGUUUUUGCAUGAUCUUGUCCAUCUGACUUCUGUUGUGAACUUGUGAUCUGAUUGACUAUGUUGAACCAUUGUGUAACUAGCUGUUUUGGUUUUAGUGCAGAUCAUCAGUAGACACCCUUCCAUCCUCCAGUUGUUGUGGACUUCAUAUCCCAUAGUGCUCUCACACAUAAUGCUGGCACGCAUUAGGGAAGAUGCAGUCCACAACAUCUGGAAUGCCAAAGGUUGCCUACCUCUUGUGUAGAUGAUGUUCUCUUAUUCAUCCAUUGUUCCCAGGUAUGUAGCCCCUCUCAUUGCGUCUGCUGUUGUCGUGCCAGUCAAGCAGGUCCAGUUUCUCACUUUGUGUCCAGAAAUGGUUUGUAGCCUACGUGUGUCCGCUUGCCCUGGUUCCCUAGCAUCUGAUGUGGACCUUACUUGGUUCCUUUUACUCUGAUAUUAAUAAAGUGACAUUACCACUGCCCUAUUGUAUUUCCAGCUCCAUAUAGCUGCAUCUCGGGGGUAUGCUGAAGUGGCAGAAACCCUGCUUGAAAAUGGGGCACAGGUUGAUGUGAAAGAUUCAGACAGCUGGGAACCUCUACACGCUGCAGCCUUUUGGGGACAGGUAAGAGGUGCAUCUGCUCAAUUUGCCGCAUUCCAGGGUAGGCAACCUUCGGCACUCCUGAUGUUGUGGACUACAUCUUCCAUAAUGCUUCUACAGCUAUAAUGCUGGCAAAGCAUCAGCGAAGAUGUAGUCCACAACAUCUAGAAGUGUUGAAGGUUCCCUUCCACUCCUGAUUAGACGAUACGGUUUAUUUAAAAAAAAAAAAUAAUUUAAUAUUUUUACAGGUAGUAGAGCCUAGCUUGUGUGACAUUAAUAAAUGCGUCUUUUAUUGUCUAUUAUAGAUUUAUGUGGCAGAGAUCCUGGUGUCUCACGGUGCCAGUCUGAGCAGCAAAACUUCCCUGGAGGAAACUCCACUAGGUGAGUCCUCUAUUUUGUUUAUUUUGUAAUAUAAUUUUACAACAAUGAGCAUUCAUGAUGUACAUUCAAACCACAUAUUUCUCUUAUAUCAGCUUUCUUCAUUCACUUCAACCUCUCUCCAGUUACUGACAUUUUUAUAUUAUUAAUUAUUUGCUGAGACAAUCAUCAUCCUCUAAACACUGGCAGUUAUGUUGUUUUCUAUAUCAUGCUGUGGGAAUGAGACUUUUUUAUGUAGGAGUGUAAGCUCUUAGUACUAUGCUGUACAGUGCACCUCAUUGUUCUGUUCCUUGUUUCUCUCUUUCUGCACCUGCCUGAUUCUAAUAAGAUCUCUGUGAAGAUGAGGAGCUCCGCUCUCUGCUCCUGGAACUGAAGCACAAACAUGACCUCAUUAUGAAGUCCCAGCAGAAAAACAAGUCUUCUUUGAGUCGGAGGAGCUCUAGCACUGGGAGUCAUGGGUAAGUAAUAAAGUCACAUUAGAUUGCAUUGAUGGCAUUACAUGUAAAUGAGAUCAAGAACAGGUUCAUGUCAUUGACACCGGCAUACAGAUGCAGAUAUAUGGCCUGUACUGCUUCCAAAUCAGCUUCUAAGCUUUACAUACAAUUAAAUUAAUAGAAUCGAUGUAACCAUUAUUUAUUUUAGCUUGGUAGGACAUGUUUUAUGUGUUCUUCCUUUAUUUUAUUUUAAUUCACUUUAAGGCCUAGUAGCUAGUGCUUGUUAAAGUACAACUUGGAACAAAAAACAAACAAACAGUGGACAUGGAGACAGAGGUGUCUCUCUGUCAUUCAUUGAACCUUUAUUUGUUUCUUGACUUUUAACACUACCUAUGCAGUCUCUUUCUAUCUCUCAUGCCACCUGCCCAGUAUUUUACCAGCAUAGGCAUUAUUUGAGGCUGUCUGUCCGGUUCUGGUAUUGCAAAAAUACCGGCUAUGUAAUGGCCGGUAUUUUUCUCUGACCAGACUCUGGGAGUGUGGUAAGAGAAGUGAAGCCAGAAUAUCCACCUCUAGGUAAACACAUAUGCAAACAAUGAUGUAGACACAUAGUGACACGCACUGCCCCACACAUUCAUACACAGUACGCACACACUGUUAUACAUACACUUAGACAAAGUGUACAAAAAUGACAGACACACACUUGGACAAUGACACACACUCAUUCUGACAGUAUACAUACAUACACACACGCGCAGUCAGACACAUUGUAAGUAGCUUAUUAGUGAUUUAAGGUAUUUUCCGUUUCCAAAUGUGUUUUUAUUCUCUUGUGCCACUCCCAGAGAUGUUAUGCAUCAUCAGGUGAUGUUUUGUCUUGUGAUGGCACGCAUAUAUAUCUAAUUAUGCAAAUUAGCAUGGCUGGUAUUUUUUUCCCAAAAAGGUGGCAACCCUACUAAUGUUAUCUUUAACAUUCUAUUUUAUCUCUUCCUCUCACAGGAAGGUUGUACGUCGUGCCAGUUUGUCUGAGCGAACAAACCUUUAUAGGCGGGAAUAUGAAAAGGAGGCUGUGGUGUGGCAGUGUCUGGUUUCUGCAGAAGAUCCUGAUGGUACCCAAGAGGAGGAGGAGAGCAGCCCAGAUUUACAGAGAGUAAGUGGUACCAAAUUACAUCACUGGCUGACAUUAACUACAGGCUUGACUUUUUUGCUGGAGCAGAAAACCAUUGUACUCUGUGUCUGUAAAAACAUGGGGGGUUAUGUAUAAAAUGUGUCCAUUCUGAAAAGUGGUGUAAACAUGGAAAAUGAAUGGAAUCACCAGUACCUCACUUUUAGUGCUAUAGAACACUUUUCAGAACAUGUCUCAUUUUAUACAUAUUCCCCCAAUGAUUGUGUUCUGGAAACUCUUUAAAAACUCAGUACCAAACUCAGGCUUCAUCAGCCUAAAGACAGUAGAGCCAUCUAGUGGUGAAAGUGUGCAAGUCACUGGCAACCACUGCAAGCUUAUGUAUAUAUAUAUACAUAUAUUAGUAUUAUUAUUGUUAUUCAUAAAACACCACCAAAAUAAAUGGACUCACAAACAAGGAUCAGCAAAAAAGAUCAGCCAAACAAAUGAGUCAAAAAGGAACUUGAAGGUUGUGAGUACUCUAAAAUAAGCUUACAGUUUACCACAAUAAAACCACUCAUAGGUUAACUUUUUAUGCUGAGGUAGAUUAAAAAAUUGUACCCCCCAAGCAUCAAGACAGAAUUGCUCUAAAAUGUGAAUAUUAAAAAUUAUCUGUUCAUUUCACAGCUGGCCAUAUCAGUCAUCAAUCACAUGCUUCUGAUUUUUGUUGUUUCACAUAUUGUCUGUAUAGAAAGUUUAGUGAAGAGACUAUUAAACUCUGUAGUGAAUCCAAUUUUUAAUAGUAAAACAAACAUUCCUCUUCAAACAUAUACACUAAUCAGUCACAACAUUAAAACCACUGACAGGUGAAGUGAUUAACAUUGAUUGUAUUGUUACAAUGGCACCGGUCAAGGAGUGAACUGUCCGUUCUUGAAUUUCAUUUGUUGGAAGCAGAAAAAAUGAGCAAACGAAAUGAUCUGAAGGAAAGUGUUGUGGGUUGUUCUUGGUAUGCAGUGGUUAAUACAUACCAUAAGGGAUGCAAGGAAGGACAACGACAUCAGGGUCAUGGGCACCCAAGGCUCAUUGAUGCACAGAAGAGCUACUGUAGUUGAUAUUGCUGAAAACAUAAUGAUCACCAUAAUAGAAAGGUGUCAGAACGCAUAGUGCACUGCAGUUUGCUGAAUAUCAGGCUUUGCCGCAGCCCGGUCAUAGUACCCAUGUGCCAAAAGCUCCUUCAGGGGACUUGAGCAUCAGAACUGGACCAUGGACCAAUUGAAGAAGGUUGCCUGAUCUGAUGAAUCACAUUUUCAUUUAGGUCCAGUAGAUGGCCUGUGAUCUGUGUGUUGUUUAUCUGGAAAGAGAUGGCAACAGAAUGCAUUAUGGGAAGAAGGCAGGCCAGUGGAGGCAGUCUAAUGCUCUGGGCAAUGUUCUGCUUGGAAACCUUGGGCCCUGGCAUUCAUUCUGAUUUUACUUUGACAUGUACCACCUACCUAGAGAGUUUUGAAGACCACAUACACACCUUCAUGGCAAUGGUGUUCACUGAUGGCAGUGGCCUCUUUCAGCAGGAUAAUGCACCCUGCCACACGGCAGAAAUCAUACAGGAAUGGUUUGAGGAACAUGACAAAGAGUUCAAGGUGUUGCCUUAGCCUUCUCCAGAUCUCAAUCCAAUUGAGCAUCUGUGGGAUUUGAUGAAACAACAAAUCCGACCAAUGGAGGCCCCACAUCACGACUUGCAGGACUUAAAGGUUCUGCUGUUAAUGCCUUGGUGUCAGAUACCACAGGACACAUUUAGAGGUCUAGUGGAGUCCAUGCCUUGACGCAUCCGAGCGGUUUUGUCAGCUUGAGGGUGAACUCCACGAUAUUAGGCAGGUGGUUUUAAUGUUGUAACUGAUUAGUGUACAUUGUGUAUUUUCUGCUUUGCCCAGUGCUGCAUAAAAAGAUCUGAUUAAUUUCAGCUGGGAGCAAUUUCUUACAUCUGUCCUUCCUUAUACUGGGUUUUCAUAUUUGCUUUCAUGACUAACCAGCCUAGAUAUGUAUAGCCUAUGGCUGUAUUCUUUAUUUUCGUUCAGAAUUAAAUGAUCUAUAUUAGUCAUGACACUAUCGUGCAAUUCACUGUCCAAAUGGCAUACGUGUUUUGUGACUUGUAAAGUCCAACACAUUGAGCAGUGUAGUAUAGCCUCAUAACACGUUACAUAAGAUUACUGAAUGUAAAAUCCAAAUACUUCAGACUUAUACGAGGUCUAUCCGUAAAGUAUCCAUGUGUGUAGUAUGAAAAAUAGAGACAUUUAUUGAAGAAAAUACUAGAAACAUUCGACAUAGGACAAUAACGCUUCACUCACCUUUAACCCCUUAUGGACAGAGGCAGUUAUACAAGUUUAGAUCAAAACAAAAUGUAAACAAAACCUGGAAUUUGUGCUACAUGUUGUUCAACCAUAAUUCACCUCUUUCAUAUUAAAGGGACACUAUAGUCACCAGAACAACUACAGCUUAAUGUAGUUGUUCUGGUGAGUAUAAUCAUUGCCUUCAGGCAUUUUCAUGCAAACACCGCCUUUUCAGAGGAAAGGCAGUGUUUACAUUGCCCUUAGGGACACCUCCAAGUGGCCACUCCUCAGAUAGCCACUGGAGAUGCUUCCUGGGGCAGUGCUGCAAAGUAGGCAGCAGUGCUAUUCAGCGUCUCCACGCUCUGCAUGAGGACGCUGAUUCAAUGCAUCUCUAUGAAGAAGUGCUGAUUGACCAAAACAGUGUUUGGCCCCGCCCCCAUCCCACCUCCUUGCUGAUUUUAGCCAAUCCAAUGCUUUUCCUAUGGGAUGUCAUCAAGGAGGCGGAUCGGGGGCAGGGCCACCCCCCGGCGGACCCGCGUAGUGCUGGAAAUAAGGUGAGUUUUAAUUCCUUUUAAGGGGGCUGGGGAGGGGGGGGUGAGCCACCUAAAUGGUGGGUUUAACACUAUAGGGUCAGGAAUGCAUGUUUGUGUUCCUGACCCUAUAGUUUUCCUUUAAGUGCACCCACACUACUUAUAUAUCAUUUUGUUCAGGAGAAACAGGACUUUCGUUUCACAUCAAAUAUUUAUAUAUUAAACAUACAAACUUGAGAAAUUUAAAUUAUUAUUUUUUUAUUUUUUUUAGUUCUGCAUGACAUUUUAACUGUUCAUGUCAUUAUACUGUUAUCUGUUACCAAAAUAGAGUACACAUAUUUGUAUUCAGUGAUGUCUUCCGAGUACAAAAGUACCCCCAAUGUACAGGUUUUAUGGUGUUUUGGAAAGUUACAGGGUCAAAUAUAGCACGUUACAUAUUUCAGUUUAUGCACCUUGAAAUUUGCCAGACUGGUCAUGUUGCCUUUCAGACCGUAUGGUAGCCCAGUAAUGAAAAUUACCUCGAUGAUAGCAUACCAUUUGCAAAAGUAGACAACCCGAGAUAUUACAAAUGGGGUAUGCCCAGUCUUUUUUAGUUGCCACUUAGUCACAAACACUGGCCAAAGUUAGUGUUCAUAUUUGUUUGUGUGUGAAAAAUGCAAAAAGCUAAUUUGAAUGCUAAUUUUGGCCAGUGUUUGUGACUAAGUGGCUACUAAAAAAGACUGGACAUACCCCAUUUGCAAUACCUUGUCUACUUUUGCAAAUAGUAUGCCAUUCCUGGGCUACUAUACGCUCUCAAAUGCAACAUAAACAAUUUGGCAAAUUUCAAUGUGAAAAAAAGGAAAUGCAAGCCUUAUAUUUGACUCUGUAACUUUUGAAAACACCAAAAAACCUGUACAUGGUACAUGGUUAUACUCGGGAGACUUCGCUGAACACGAAUAUUAGUCUUUCAAAACAUAUCACAGCAAUUAUAUCGUCAGUGAAAGUACCGUUUGUGUGUAAAAACAUGCAAAAAAAACGCACUUUCACUGACGAUAUCAUCGUUGUAUGUUUUACUGUUUUGAAACACUAAUAUUUGUGUUCAGUGAAGUCUCUCGAGUAAAAGAGUACCCCCAUGUACAGGUUUUAUAGUGUCCUGGAAAGUUACAGGGUUCAAUAUAGGGCUUGCGAACCAAAUUCUCUGGACUCUGUGCCUGAGUUGUCAGGCACGUCCCUCAUAAUGUAAUUAAUGAAAUUACUUAAUUAUGUAAAAAUAUUAUUUUAAUAUUUGCAUUAUUUUUUUUAAAAUGUUUUUUUGUCCCCCCUCCUUGGCCAGGCAACAAGCAGGGAGGGGGACAAAAAAUGUUUUUUUUUUAAAAAUAAUGCAAAUAUUACAAUAAUAAUAAUAUAAUAAUAAAAUAAUGUUAUUAUUUUAAUAUAUUAUUUUAAUAAUAUUAUUAAAAUAAAAUAAUAUUAAAAUAAUAAUAUCGAAUCCCUGGUGGUGCAGUGGCAUUGGCAGUUCAGUGGGGGGGCUGGCAGUGAGCUCUUACUUACCUUCCUGCAGCUCCUGUCAGCUCCCUCCUCCUCCGUGCAGCUCCUCGGUCAGCUCCGUUCUGUUUGCAGUGUAAGUCUCGCGAGACCUGCGGCUCUCGCGAGACUUACACUGUGAGCAGAACGGAGCUGACCGAGGAGCUGCACGGAGGAGGAGGGAGCUGACAGGAGCUGCAGGAAGGUAAGUAAGAGCUCACUGCCAGCCCCCAACAGGACCGCCGGGCUUGUAAUGAGCCCGGCGGUCCUGGUCUGUAUUAUGGCAAUGUAAGUUGCCAUAAUACAGACUGACUCGAGUAUAAGCCGAGUGGUGGUUUUUCAGCACAAAUAUAUACUCGAGUAUAUACGGUAUAUAUAGAUAGAUAGAUACAUAGAUAAGUUUAUAACAUCAUUCUAAAUGUAUUUUUAUAUAUUAAUAUUAAAAUACAGUUAGAACAAAUUUAAACAGGUAUAUAAUUUUAUUUUAAAAAUGUAAUUUAUUGUUUCUUUUUUAAUUUAUUUAUUUAUUGAUCAUUUUUAUUUUACAUAAACAUAAUUAUAUAUAUAAUUAACAUCAUUCUAAGUGUAUUUUCAUAUUAAUAUAUAUAUAUAAUUAUUAUAGGAGUUAUGUAUACAAAGUCAUCUUUUCAGAACAUGACUCAUUUUAUAAAUUUUAUACAUAUUCCCCAAUUAUUGUGUUCUAUUACAAUAUAAUUAUAUAUAUUAAUAUUAAAAUACACUUGAUCUAAGUACUUUUUAUUUAAUUUAAAAACUGUUUUAUAACUUUUAUUAACUUUUUAAAACUUUUGUACGGGCUCUAGGGGGACAGCCUGAGAGCUCAGGCUGUCCCCCUGCAGGCACUGCAUAAGCCAGCUAUUCCGUGGGAUCAUCGGGGAUCCAGUAACUGAACGUAGACCACCCCCUGGCUCAUUAUCUUCAAAGUAACCACAAAGUUAAGUGCUCUCUCUUGUGAUCGCGUUCAUAUAACCGAAAGACACAUGCAGCGGUACUUGGUCGUUGAGCAUCUGUAACUCCAGGCUGGAUACGAGACCUCCCGAACACCAGUAACUUUGUACCACCGCCUGCUUCUGUUCCCGACAAGCCAGGAGAGUGCUGUUCGGUGGAAAGGUACGCGCAAUGAGACGAACAAUCGCUACAUAUGAGCCAGGGGAACCGUUCGGUAUUUUGUUCAUUUUAGAACUCCCGAAAGUGGAAGUAUCCAUGCUUUGACUGGGAUCUGAGAGCUAUUUGGACACUUUGGGUACUUAGGUCCAGGCGAUCCAGGGAUAUAAGACUUGUGGGGGUUCCUAUUAAUAUUGUGUAUGUUUCGGGGGCUUUUAUGUUUUAUUUUCUGUACCUCUAGUGCCUGGGAGAUAAUUAGUUGAAACAAAGUACACUCACUUAUCUCCCACACACAGAGGUGUGUUUUACCCAUGUUUCUACUGGAGACCCCAUGCUGGGGGUCUGUGUAUAAAAGUGGGCCAUCUAGACAUAAUAAAACAUUCCUGUUGUUCAUGAAGUUUCGACUGAUGUUUGGGUAUGUGAACGACAAAGCGAUUUAUUUCUCACAACCUGAUUGGAUUUUCGGGAGAGUACGAAUGAACGUACUAUACGAAUGGGCUAUAAUUCACAUGACCUUAUGAGUUCGGGAGAGUGCGAACGAACAUACUAUACGAAGUAGAAGGGUUCGUUACAGUAAGAUAAAAUAAAAAAUAAAUAAAAUAAGGAAUUUGUCACAGGUUCAUUCACUCAACACAAAGUUGUAGUGAAGACUAUCCGUUUUCACGUGUAAUAAUUGCACUGCAAAUUUCAUCCAAACAUGUAUUCACCAACUUCCUAAACUCUCUUAACAAAGGGGUAGAAAAGAUAAAUAAUGUCUAACAUAUUUAGGUUGUUAACAUAUACCCCUGUUUGGUAUCCCCUGUGACCAAUAAUUAUUUGGUGAAACCUUAUUGCAAGACAAUGCAUUAUUCCAUAAUGACAAGUUUCGUAAUGUUUCCUCAAUUACACAAUCAUUCAUCGUUUUUUAUUGUUAUACAUAUCUGUGCAGUAAUAGUUAAUUGUUAGCAGAGGUUAGAGUAUAUACAGGGUUAACAUGAGUACCAGAUGCUCAUUGAACAGUAAUUCAUGUUAUGCUAUUGCACAUUAGAAUGAUUAGGAAUGUAGAUAAUUCUAUAUGCACAGAAGAUAACAAGGAGAAACCUAUAGCAAAACAUGUCAUUAAGGUUUGUCAUCUUAGGAAUUCAGACGGUUUAAGAAGAAUUUACUGUAGGUAAAAACAGAUGGAGGAAUUGCUCCAAGCUACAACAUCAUUGCGUUGAGGCGAAAGUCAGGGGCUGCUAGUGUACACACUGUGGUUGUUUUCCUAUAGUGCUCUGUAUUUUUUUUACAAUUAUGCAUCGAUGUGUUUUAACCACUUCAGAACCAGAGUUACGCAAAUCUGUUGCUAAUGUGACUUUAUCUUCAGCAUAUUUCAAUUCCAUUUUGUUCUUAUUGCAGACAUUAAAAAUAAUACAUUUUAAGUUGCUUUGAGAAGCAGCAGCAAAAAGGAUUUGAUCACUGUGUGUGCGCCCAAUGUAAGAUGGCUGUUGUCUAUAUUAUUAUUAUUUGAUUAUUUAUAUAGCGCCAGCAAAUUCCGUGGCGCUGUACAAUGGGUGGACUAACACAUGUAAUUGUAAUCAGACAAAUGGACGCACAGGAACAGAGGGGUUGAUGGCUAUGCUCAAUGAGUUUACAUGCUAAGGAAGUGGGGUAUAGUGACCAGGGCCGCCAUCAGAAAUUCUGGGGCCCUAACACAGCUCAAGGUCUGGGUCCCCGGAUGCCCGCCUCCAAGUCCGGCCACAGGAAUACACACACACAGACACAAACGGACACAGACACACACAGAAAGAUACACACAUACUAACAGAUACAAAUACUGGAACAGACAUACACACAUACAGGCAUACUGACACACACAUACUGAGACACACACACACAUAUACAGACACACACACAUGCAUAAGGAGAUACAGAUACACACAUACACACAUAUAUACAUGCAGACAUACAUACUGACAUGCAAACUGACAGACAUACAUACAUACAGACAUACAUACUGACACACACAUACAUACUGAUAUAUACAUACAUACUGACAUAUACACACACAUACAUACUGAUAUAUACAUACAUACAUACCGACAUACAGACACACAUACAUACUGGCAUACAUACAUACAUACAUGUACAUACAUAUACACACACAUACAUACAUACAAACACAUACUUACAUACACACACACACACACACACAUAUACAUACACACACACACAUACAUACAUACAUAUACAUAUACACACACCUCAUUUUCCAGCCACCCCCCUCUUCCUUACCUUUUCGUUGCAGGAGGGUGGCUGGGGAUGAUGUGAGUCGGCUGCCUCUCCUCUCGGCCUUCAGGCUGCUUUCUAAUUCCCACGCGGAGUAAGCUGGGAGGAAGUGACCGUCUGGCCGUCACUUCCUCCCAGCAGAACUUGUGUUGCGGCCGCUUUUUUUUUUUUUUUUUUAAAGGGGCCCGGUCGCGCUAUUACAGCGCUGACUGGGCCCCUGAAGAUAAUAGGGCCCAUUGGGUGGCCCUAAAUGCUUGGGCCACCUGUUGGGCCCCAUUAGUGUGUGGGCCCUGGUGCAGAUGCACCGGCAGCAGUUCCGCCGCUCCACGUGAGGCCCAUGACAACCGUCAUGGUUGUUGCCCCCUGAUGGUGGCCCUGAUAGUGACACAAAGGGCUAAGUAGGGGUAAUGUAGGGGGUAAGUAGGGGUAUAAGUAGGGGUAAUGAAAUAGGUUGCUAGAAAAGUAAUCACUAAGAACUUAGUAGGUUAUUUUUGACAGUUGCAGGAGAGGAGUCAUGGGGGCUGGGGGGAUGAAAACCCGCUAACAGUUUAGACGAUAUGCUUUCCUGAUGAAGUUUGAUUUCAAAGAUGUUUUUGAAGGUGUGGAGACUGGGUGAAAGUCUAACGGAGAAGGGAAAGGAGUUCCACAGACAAGGUGCAGCCGUGGAAAAGUCUUGGAGGCAAGCAUCAGAUGUGGGAGUACGGACAGAGGAUAGGCGUAGGUCUUCGGCAGAGUGCAGGGGCCUCGACGGGACAUAUUUGUGUAUUAGGGAGGAUAAGUAGGUUGGGGCAGCAAUUGAGCCCUAUAUCUAACUGGAAGCCAAUAUAGGGACUGACAGAGGGGGGGGAAGCGUGGGUGGUGCGGGCGGACAGGAAAAUGAGCCUUGCCACCGCGUUCAUUAUAAAUUGCAGCGGUGCAAUCUGGGAACACGUAAGACCAUUGAGAAGGGGAUUGCAGUAAUCAGAAAUAGAACAACGGCAUGGACCAGCACCAUAGCUGCAUCUGGUGUUAAAUAACGGCGGAUACGAGCCAUAUUUUUGAGAUGGAAGCGACAGGAUUUGGCAAUCAACUGGACAUGAGGGGUGAAGGAGAGGUCGGAGUCAAAGAGACCACCUAGGCUGUGAGCCUGCGAGGUAGAGGUGAUGGUGGCUCCCUUGACUUGGGGGGAGGGAGACACGGGAGUAGCAGUACUUGAGGGAGGAAAGACCAGAAGUUCUGUUUUUGACAGGUUGAGUUUAAGGAAGUAAGCAGCAAUCCAGUUGGAAAUCGAGGAGAGGCAGUCAGCCAUCUUAUCAGUUUUGAAACAUUAUUUUUUGGAACACAUGUGGACAUCAACACUGUCUUUGAUUUAAGGGCACUUUUGUGACUUUCUGCAUUAUCAUGCAUUUAACAAAAGCCAUUUGCAAAAAAUACUUAAAUUAUAAGCCCAUCUGCCAUUUUGCUUCAUAACAUCACAAUAGAUAGGUAUAACUUCCAGUGCUUGAAUGAAUACUUGCAUGAUGUGUGCGCCAUACAUGUGCCUUAUGUAUGCCUUCUUCCAUAGUGGUGUCAUGAAUAUCUUUUCAUGAAUGAAACUACUGUAUCCCUCAAACAAUUGCUGUUCGGUUAAAAACCACAAAUGGCCAAAACUGGUUCAGAAGUUUCUAGAAUUUCCUGAUCUGGGAAAGGUUAGUGCUAGAGAUGCAAUUCUUGUAGACAUGCAGCAAUUGCAAGAACUUCUACGGUGAAGAAGUAUUUUUUUUAUUUACAUUUUUCACUUUUUAUAUGAUUUUAAAUAGUGGGGAGUCCAUUCCAAUCGUGUGUAUCUUUUUUUAAAACGCCAUUUAAGCAUAUUCCACUUCUGAUAUAAUAUUACUUGUUUGAGCCUAAUGUAUCCAUACGAUAAUAAGUGCGUCUUCCAUGUAUGCAUCUUUCACUACAGCAGUGUUGUGAUUAGUCGCCACACAGUGGCAGGAAAUGAAAGACCUGAUUGGUGUGCAGAUGCAGUGCUCAAAUGUGAGCGUGUCCAGAACAUCUCCUGCACUGUGACAUACUGAUAAUAUUCUCUCUUUUUUUUUUUCCACAGAGAGAACCAAUGGACGUUCAGCCUUCAUUAGGUCUGCAGGACAACUUUUCAGAACCUCAGUAUCGGAAUGGUUACUGCUCCCCUAUUCCUUCCUUCUAUUGCCCUCCGACCAUCAGUGAUUCAAGCCUACCCACUCCAGUAAUCAAUGGUAACUCCAACCACUCCCUGCCAUCUUAUAACUCAGGAUCUCUGUGGAACAGCAUCUUGGACCAAACGCCCAUCACCCUCUCUGAGCUAAAACGGCAGAGAUCAGCAGCCAAACAAGGGAGAUACUCACAGAGGAUUAACGGAGACUUACAAAGAGCAGGGUCCCUAGACUAUUCCAGCGAACCUGGGACCCCAACUUGGUGUUUUAAUGGAACACCUAUCUAUUAUACACCAAGCAGUGGGGACCCCCCCAUCCUGAGGCUAAAAUCUCCCAUGGAAGAGGAUGAAGAAGACGAGGGAAAAUUACUUCGAUGCUGUCGGAUGUCCUAAAACGUGAUCAGAAUAUAUACCAGCACUUUAAAGGGAAACUAGCCAAUAUUCAAAUCGCUCCCAUUUUCAAAGAGCUUUUUCUACCUUUCACAACUAUAUGGGUAAACAUUUUCAUGUGUUGAAACUAGCUAGGGGAAGUGCACUUUAAAAUUAAAUAACCUCUAAAGAACAUUUCCUGUAGGCUUUCGAAAAAGUAAGGUGGAAGCAAAAAAAUAAAAAUAAACGGCUUCCCCCAUUUAAACAAAAACAAAACCAUACUGUGUAAUUUUAAAUAUCCAAUUUUUUUUCAAAGUAUGAGAUUUAAAAUUUUUACGCGCUUACUUAUACUAGUUGUCCUUUUAUGCACUGCAAGAACAGUGAAUUGAGCAGUUUGUAUUUGUACAUUACCCAGAAUAAGGUGUACAUUUGAACAUACAGAACUAUGUGGUCCCCUGUAUACAGCACCAUUUGUAUAUUUAUAUACACUGACCUAUGUAUACUUAUAUAUAGACAGUUAUGUAUAUAGACCUCUGUGUGCAUCUGUGCAUAGGAUUUUAUCUAUUUAUAUAAAGAGCUUAAUAUACUUGUAAAUAUGCUAAUUUAUUUAUAGGUGUAUACACAAUGCAAUGCAUUUUUCUAAAUAAACAUUGCAAUGUAAAAUAUAUCUAUAGAACUACUGUAUGUAUUUCAGCAAAUGCACUCACUGUAUAUUUAUGUGCACAUAACUGUGAAUACCUGUGUUUAUGAUAUAUAUAUAUGAUAGAAAAUAGUCAGGCACUCCCGUAAAGUCACUGUCAGAUGGAUAUGAAAAAAUUACCAAACUGAUGAGAUCAUAUAAAAUAAUAUUGCAUGAUCUGCCUAUUAUUAUUUUAAUUGCACAUUGUGCAGUGUCAUGCCAUGCAAUUAAAACGUAUUGCGUGGUGUGACUAGCACUGUCCACUUGGGGCAAUACUUACUUCCGGGACAAAACUGGAACAUACAUGCUCCCUCCUGCCCAAGAUUUGUGAGAACAGCAACAUAGCUGCUGCUGUGAUACACACACUAGCCAUUGGUAAGUAAAACUUCAGCCCUGGCGACCUAGGUUUGCAGUGACCUGGCUAGCAGUGCAGGAGUUGCCAUUUUAAGCCCUAUAUAUGUAUAUAUAUAUAUAUAUAUAUAUAUAUAUAUGUACACGCACGCACAUAUACAUAGCAAAACAAACCCACAGGUGGAAUGUUGUAUAGAAAUGGGCCAAUGUUCUCUAGAACAACAAUUAGGAAUUAUGUCCACCAGCAUAAGCUUUAAGUUGUCCAUAUGGAGGCACCUUUCGCCCUAUCCUUUGGCCUUUUGACUGUGUGAUUGUUGUUUGCUUCUAAGCCAAGCAAUAGCUAUAGGGAAAUUUGUAUAUACACAGACUAAUGUGCAUCAGGGCAGUAUCUGGCUAGCGCUGUGUGAAAUGGAUAUGGUAUGUGAUAACUAUGCAUAGCAUCACUGUUUCUGUAAUAUGCGUUGCUACAUGUAUGCACCUGUAGACAAUAACCUUUUUGCAAACUUUUUGCAAACAUAGUAAAAAUAAUGCCUUUUUGUAAUAAAAUUCAUUUGAAACUGU